AUUCCAUGAGGAAAGGAUGAGCGUGGGGAGGAGGAGGAAAGAGGAGGAUGUUCUCCUUUUCACUCCGGUGUCGACUCGGGAUCAUCAGAGGGAGGACCAAAGGUAAUGCGAUUAGAAAGCAUACAUUGUUUCUUCUUACUUUUUUAUCAAAUCCAAACGGCCUGAAGUUCAUUGGGUUUUUAUCUACUGCUAUUGUAUUGUGUGUACUGCUUCAGCCUGAGGAUGUGUUUUACAGUCCUGAGAGGGUGCACCGGUGCAGCAGGAUUGUAUAUGCCUAAUGUAAACCAGUAUCUGCUAGUAAUGAAAGAGAUGAACCUUUUUGAAUGACAGUGGGCCAAGUUUGAGAGCUGACAUUCCUCCAAAAUGAUAGGGGUGAGAUCCCGGUAGUUAAGGGUAGUAGUGGAAUGAUCACCUAUGAAUUACUUGUUUAUUUCUAAGGGAUUUGCAUAAGAAUUUCACUUCUCAUGGCUAUUCUGUUUUGUCAAAAUCUAUUAAUAGGAUAACCUAUUUUAAACAUGAGAUUAAGUAGUUUUCCUCAGAUAGAGCCAUAUUUUACCUUUGGUUGACGUUUGGCGUACCUUGCAGGUGAACAUUGUACUGUGAUUAUGUGACCAUGUCUCCCUGAAUUAUGACUGUGUCAUGUUCACCGCACCUGGCCCAUCUUGUAAGUAAUCCUGUGAUCUGUGUGUUGACUCAAAUCUCUUUAAUCUCGAAUGCAUUCAUUUGGGAGUUUUAUUUGCAACUACAACUGAUAGCCAUAAGAUGGCAGUAUGAUCAACUGCAGCAUGGUAGAAAAUGUACUGCGCUAGCCUUGGAUGGGGAAUAUUUAAUAUUAUAGCUUUACUGUACUUUCAAUCCUUAUAUGAGAGGUUAUUAUUUCACUCAGGUACUUGUCAAGUGAGAAUGUUACAUCUAAUUUGUCUUAGUUCUAUAUAAGCACUAUAUCAUAAUGGAAGUUUCAAGUGUAAGGCAAUAGCACUGUUUUAUACACAUUUUAAACAACCAAUUGUGUGUUGAAUCUAAAAUCGAUUGCAUAUUGCUUUCAAGCAUAAUGUUAAAAAAUAUAUAUUGACUCACUAUUAAAUCCGUUUAUUGGCAUUGAAUGUGUAAUUUGUUCUCUCUGGUCUAUAUGUUGAAUGUUUUCAACUGCCCAGAACUACACUGAGUGGGUGUGCUUCUACUGCUAUACAUAAUUACCCUAAUUCUGUUGCCUAGUGUGUUCCCCUGUGUUUUUAUCAGACCAACUCACAGCUCUGUGUCUCCUGUUCCUCUUUAUUCUGUAAGAAAUUAAUUAGUUUUGCUCUGAAACACCACAGAGUAAAUGGGGUAUUAAGGACGAAACUCUCUGAGGAAAUUAUCUACGCCAAAGAGUGUUGUGUCCACUGGAAAGAGCCGACUAAUUAGGUGACAUGCUACAAUGAAGAGAAACACGGGGAGCGUUUGUUUGUAAUUGUUUGAUGUAUCUCUGGUCAGGGCUAUGCAUCAUAGACUCUAUGAAUCUAUGCGUUCUUGGGCUCAAGGAUGUAUUUGCACGGCACAUGAAGACUUAAUUUACUCACACAUUUAUUUGUACUUGAGCACAUCUGUGUGGACAUUUUUGUCAGUGUUGUUUAGUACUUUUGUGUGGUCUUUGACGCCAUUUCCCUACUCUCAGACUAUGACAAAAGUUCCUUGGGGGGGAUUGUCAGGCCUUAAUGCAGGGCAACAGAUUGGGGGGGGGGGGGGGGGGGGGAGUGGUGAGCAUGUGAGGGUAACAAAUGGACAGACAGGUGUGGCUCUCAGUCAGUCAGCGGCCAUGUUAACCCCUCUCUGUAUGUGUCUGGGUGGAUGGCAGACAGCAGCAGAGAGGCAGUGGGGCAAAGAGCCCUCUCACCCAGAAAAGGGAACAUGAGAUGUUCAGCACUCCACAGAUUGAAAGAGAGAAAGCAUAUCGUUGGUUUGAUUUAUAUCCAUUGCAGCCAAAUGGCUGAUAUAAAGGACAGAAUUCUAUGGUCAGCAGUUCAGAGAAAUCACAGUCUCUUUUGGCUUUGUAGCGGCAUGCAUAUACAUUUAUUGGUAGUGAUGCUCUUGUAUAAGCAGAUAAUAAUCACUGUGAUGAGCCUAUGGAAUGUGAGGUGGAAUUGAAUGCAUGUGAGGGGAAAAGCUGCAGGCAUUAGCUAGCCAGUGUGUGUGUGGGUGGGUGGGAUAACUAUGUUGGUACAGUAAGAUGGUCACUGCUUAUGUGUCGACUAGUGUGGGAAAUGUGUGGCUGAUAUUGUAUGGGCUCAAAGCGACACUGGAUGUGGGGGUGGCAUUGAUUGUGUUCUUGACUAUAGGGAGUGUGUGGGUGUGUGUGAGAGAGAGAGAGAGAGAGAGAAAGUGAGUGUGUAUGCACUGUUUGUGUUUGUGCGCGUGUGCAUGCAUGCGCGUGUGUGCAGGGGGUGUGACUGUGUCGUGUGUGGGGAGGGUGUGUGAUUGCUUCAUCACACCCCUCUGGCAGAGACCCUCUCCGACACACUCACUGAGGCUGUGUGUGUGUGUGUGUGACGGUUGGUGUGUGUGAGCUGGUAUGUGAGUGUGUGAAUGAGGGGGAUGAUUAAUCCUCUGGAAUAGGAAGAGUAACCAGGAAUACCUCUAAAGGAACCUCAGCAUGGUGGGAGGAAUAGAAGGAGAGAUGAGGAUUCCUUUGGUGCUUUGAUCAUUUAGUGCCCUGCUUUCCGUCUGUCUGUGGGAAUUACUUAUUACAGCAAGAAGAUAACUGUUUGUUACCAAGCUUAAACAGUUAAUGGGCAAAAACAUGGAUCAGGCUUUGUUAUCUGCAAUAAAUAAAGAUAUGCUUCAACUAGACCAGUGACAUGAAGAGAAGAAGACUGGGUUUCUGAGGACAGACCGACAGACAAUAUUUGAGGACAGACAGACAGACAGUAUUUGAGGACAGACAGACAGACAGACAGACAUUAUUCCCAGGGGCAGCUCGCUGGGUCCGCUGGCCACUACAACAGAACAGCUACUUUCCUCUCAAGUCGGAUGUUUUGACAGGACUGCAGACAUGCUGUGUGGUCUGAGGAGAGAGGCGAAGAAUAGCAGCAUCGGUAAGACUGCCUUAAACUCUGACUGGAACCAUAUGAAUGAAUAUCACAGACAUCAUAUAGCUAGCUAUAUGUACUGUAGCUGUGUAGUUAGUGUGUAAUGUAUGUCAUAUGUGCUACAGUAUACUCUAGUGCUACACCCUAGUAGUGUAAUUGUCAUAGUAAUGGAUUUAUGACUAUCGUUAACACCUGUAAUAGUAUUUACUAUAGAGUGUAGUGAUGCAUGCUGUUCAACUGAGGAGCAUCAACUUCCUGCUUUUGUACCUGUGGUUGUCAGCCUUCUGUCAUUAGAAAUUAGUUGAUAAUCUGGGAAUGUGAUAACUUUUUCCUACAUUUGUACACAGAUUAAUUCAGAUUGUUUGAUAUUUAUUAAACUUUUUGAAUGACAGCUCUGUCAAGUACCAGUUUACUUACAGUAUAUUUAUUACUUAGCUAAUAAGGCACAGCAGACGUAAAUGCCAUUUGAUUAAAGCCAGACAGUACUAAAUAUCAGGCUGCAGUCUGAAAUGGGGGCUGAUAUAGCAAUGCAAACUGGGUCUACUGGAGCCCAGUUUAUAAAUAAUGUUUUACCUCUGAAAAUAGCAUUUUGAUUUCAUACCCAUUAUCAGAGCGGCCCCCACAUUUAACCUACAUUCUGAUUGGUUCUGAGGGAGAUAGCAUACGGUGCCCUGAAUUACAUUCAGAGUUAAUUGACUCUGCAGAAAUACAUGGGGGUGACUAUAGUUUUUUUACUUUCAGUAAUGUUGUAAGUACAGUCCUGUUUGCAGAUCUCAGUGUAUGUUAUUGCAGUUCUGCUCUUGAUCCUUGAGCCACAGACAGUAGCUGAGUAUUCCCUCUGCCAAGACAGCAUGCUUCUACCAGCAGAAUCGUGCUGUGCCAUACCCAGUUAAUUGUUGUUGCUCAGGCCAGGGGAGCUUUUUGUUUUGGCUGCUAAAUUGAUUAAACCAAUUAAAUCAGUCACAUAUUUAGUCUAUGAUUGGCCUGUCAGGAUCACUAAUGGUGUUUCUAAACUGGUGCAAAUGGCUAGGUGCUAGAGAGGCUGUAUGUAAAAUAUAGUGGGAUCCAGUCAGGAGUAGCGCGUGGGGUCUUUGUAACCCAGAGCAAACGUUGCCUUUUGACUGCAAUGACAGCUGCUGGACUGUCAGGGCCCUUGGGAAGCUGGGGGAUUACAACGCUGUUGCCUGUCCCAAUGUGUCUUUGAUGUGUCACACUAACUGUGUGUGUGUGCAUGCGUGUGCCCGCGUGUGUGCGCGUGUGGCCGCCGUGCGCGUAUGAUCUAAGGCUGUUCAACAGGAUAGUUGUGCAAGGAAGUGAAUAGAAGGUGAUACAUUAUCAUAGUAUGCACAUUCCUACAUACCCUUGAGUUUUGUUUUUGUCAACUCUCAAUAUGUUUGAUUUUUAUAUUAUUUCUGCAGAUUUUUCACAGUUAACAUGUGGCUUUAUCAAUCUCCACAAUGAUAUGGAGUGCAUCUCAAAAUACAUAUAUUCUCCUAGUCUCUUUCCUUCAAAUGCACUGAUCUGAAAAUAUAGGAAAGCUGAAAGACAAUGAUUGAUACAGUACCUACCAGUACCAGGUAGUUGUUUGCACCAGAUGAAAGAAAACAGGCAAGGAGAAGAACCAUUUAAGACUAGUGAGAUACACCCCAUGUUAUUUUGUCUUUGUGCAAAUUAGUUCAGUGCAUGAAAAUAAUGAAAAUAUAUAAUUUUUCCCUUUUUGACCAGAGGCUGGCCCCAUUGAAUAUUGAUGAUGUGAAUUUAGUUAUGGGUGAUGUGAUAUUAUGCAUGAUGGAUGAUUAUCAAAUCAAAUCAAAUCAAAUUUUAUUGGUCACAUGCGCCGAAUACAACAGGUGCAGACAUUACAGUGAAAUGCUUACUUACAGCCCUUAACCAACAGUGCAUUUAUUUUUAACGAAAAAAGUAAAAAUGAAACAACAACAAAAAAAGUGUUGAGAAAAAAAGAGCAGAAGUAAAAUAAAAUAACAGUAGGGAGGCUAUAUAUACAGGGGGGUACCGGUGCAGAGUCAAUGUGCGGGGGCACCGGCUAGUUGAGAUAGUUGAAGUAAUAUGUACAUGUGGGUAGAGUUAAAGUGACUAUGCAUAAAUAAUUAACAGAGUAGCAGCAGCGUAAAAAGGAUGGGGUGGGGGGGCAGUGCAAAUAGUCCGGGUAGCCAUGAUUAACCUCCGGUACCGCUUGCCGUGCGGUAGCAGGGAGAACAGUCUAUGACUAGGGUGGCUGGAGUCUUUGACAAUUUUGAGGGCCUUCCUCUGACACCGCCUGGUAUAGAGGUCCUGGAUGGCAGGAAGCUUGGCCCAAGUGAUGUACUGGGCCGUACGCACUACCCUCUGUAGUGCCUUGCGGUCGGAGGCCAAGCAGUUGCCAUACCAGGCGGUGAUGCAACCAGUCAGGAUGCUCUCGAUGGUGAAGCUGUAGAAUUUUAUGAGGAUCUGAGGACCCAUGCCAAAUCUUUUCAGUCUCCUGAGGGGGAAUAGGCUUUGUCGUGCCCUCUUCACGACUGUCUUGGUGUGUUUGGACCAUGAUAGUUCGUUGGUGAUGUGGACACAAAGGAACUUGAAGCUCUCAACCUGUUCCACUACAGCCCCGUCGAUGAGAAUGGGGGCGUGCUCAGAUUAGUCAUGAUACCAAAGUGGAUGAAGGGUUAAUUGAGUGCAGACAACAACACAGAACAGCAAUAACACCCACACAUGUGUCCAGGGUUGGGGAGUACAUGUAUCUAAAAAAUUUAAUAAAAAUAAUAAUCUACAGUGAGGGGAAAAAGUAUUUGAUCCCCUGCUGAUUUUGUACGUUUGCCCACUGACAAAGAAAUUAUCAGUCUAUAAUUUUAAUGGUAGGUUUAUUUGAACAGUGAGAGACAGAAUAACAACAACAAAAUCCAGAAAAAACGCAUGUCAAAAAUGUUAUAAAUUGAUUUGCAUUUUAAUGAGGGAAAUAAGUAUUUGACCCCCUCUCAAUCAGAAAGAUUUAUGGCUCCCAGGUGUCUUUUAUACAGGUAACUAGCUGAGAUUAGGAGCACACUCUUAAAGAGAGUAAUCUCAGUUUGUUACCUGUAUAAAAGACACCUGUCCACAGAAGCAAUCAAUCAAUCAGAUUCCAAACUCUCCACCAUGGCCAAGACCAAAGAGCUCUCCAAGGAUGUCAGGGACAAGAUUGUAGACCUACACAAGGCUGGAAUGGGCUACAAGACCAUCGCCAAGCAGCUUGGUGAGAAGGUGACAACAGUUGGUGCGAUUAUUCGCAAAUGGAAGAAACACAAAAGCACUGUCAAUCUCCCUCGGCCUUGGGCUCCAUGCAAGAUCUCACCUCGUGGAGUUGCAAUGAUCAUGAGAACGGUGAGGAAUCAGCCCAGAACUACACGGGAGGAUCUUGUCAAUGAUCUCAAGGCAGCUGGGACCAUAGUCACCAAGAAAACAAUUGGUAACACACUACGCCGUGAAGGACUGAAAUCCUGCAGCGCCCGCAAGGUCCCCCUGCUCAAGAAAGCACAUAUACAUGCCCGUCUGAAGUUUGCCAAUGAACAUCUGAAUGAUUCAGAGGAGAACUGGGUGAAAGUGUUGUGGUCAGAAGAGACCAAAAUGGAGCUCUUUGGCAUCAACUCAACUCGCCGUGUUUGGAGGAGGAGGAAUGCUGCCUAUGACCCCAAGAACACCAUCCCCACCGUCAAACAUGGAGGUGGAAACAUUAUGCUUUGGGGGUGUUUUUCUGCUAAGAGGACAGGACAACUUCACCGCAUCAAAGGGACGAUUGACAGGGCCAUGUACCGUCAAAUAUUGGGUGAGAACCUCCUUCCCUCAGCCAGGGCAUUGAAAAUGGGUCGUGGAUGGGUAUUCCAGCAUGACAAUGACCCAAAACUCACGGCCAAGGCAACAAAGGAGUGGCUCAAGAAGAAGCACAUUAAGGUCUCGGAGUGGCCUAGCCAGUCUCCAGACCUUAAUCCCAUAGAAAAUCUGUGGAGGGAGCUGAAGGUUCGAGUUGCCAAACGUCAUGCUCGAAACCUUAAUGACUUGGAGAAGAUCUGCAAAGAGGAGUGGGACAAAAUCCCUCCUGAGAUGUGUGCAAACCUGGUGGCCAACUACAAGAAACGUCUGACCUCUGUGAUUGCCAACAAGGGUUUUGCCACCAAGUACUAAGUCAUGUUUUGCAGAGGGGUCAAAUACUUAUUUCCCUCAUUAAAAUGCAAAUCAAUUUAUAACAUUUUUGACAUGCAUUUUUCUGGAUUCUUUUGUUGUUAUUCUGUCUCUCCCUGUUCAAAUAAACCUACCAUUAAAAUGAUAGACUGAUCAUUUCUUUGUCAGUGGGCAAACGUACAAAAUCAGCAGGGGAUCAAAUACUUUUUCCCCUCACUGUAUUACAUGACCAGCAAAACUAUUGUAAUCAGAUUACAGAUACUUUUGAAAAAAUAGAUGAUUAGGCUACUUCUAGGGUUACUUUUAAAUGCAGAAAUGAUGUUUGCGAAAAAAUACUUUGACACCUUUAUGUUUUCUCAAUGACAUUCAAAUCAGCAUUGAAAAAAUGCACAAGUUUAAGAUUGUUCUGCCUGAGCAAGUCUGACCACAAGGCAGAGACUACUAUGGCUGCAUUUACACAGGCAGCCCAAUUCUGAUAAAUGUUUCCCUAAUUGGUCUUUUGACCAAUCAGAUCAGCUCUGAAAAAGAUCUGAUGUCAAAAGAUCUGAUGUGAUUUGUCAAAAGACCAAUAGUGAACAAAAAAUAUCAGAAUUGUGCUGCCUGUAUAAACGUAGCCUAUGAUGACACACUAAAUGUGUUUGAUGGAUCGCAGGUUAAAGAGCAGGAAUAGGUUUUUGUAGGCUACAGUGCAAGCUACAGUAUGUCCUCCAAUGGUGCGACUGCUGUCGGCAUCAAAGACUAUUAUUAUAUUAUGACCAACUUGAACAAGCGCUUGGAGGUAUUACGACAGCAGUGGUUUAGCCUACGGGUGAUACGGAUAUCACUUAGGCCUAUUAGCCUACUGAUAUCUACAUAGCAAUUAGGACUAUGUGAAUCACGUUGCUGCUCUCUCAAUUAUUCGCGCCUUACUGAUUGUGGUUGUUGUGGAUGGCCGUUCACAAAUGUAUAGGUGUAUUUUACCCCGAUAAUGGUUGAAUUGAAGAAAUGUAGGCUAAGUUGUCCAUCAAUCAUUGUUAAUGGGACCGGUGGACAGAGACAGCCAGUGAAAAAUGCGCUCUUGCAACAGCUGCAUAGUGCGGAUCCCAGCCUAUGGAAUAAAAAUUUGAGGGAGUUCCUAACUCCUCUGUGGUAUAGUGCUCCAUACAUACUGUCAAAAACGAGUAGGGCUCUCAAAAAAAAAAGUCCAAAGGCCGAAACUCGCGCACUUUUGAUAGACUUCCAACAGCUGCAAAUGAUUGAGAUCUCAAAGUGUCACCCAUAGAGAUCCUAUUAAAGAUGUCUCUACCUUUUUGCCCUACGUGCUGUUGUCUGUGCCUAACAGUGUUUGUACCAUGUUUGUGCUGCUACGAUGUUGUGCUGCUGCCAUGUUGGGUUGCUACCAUGUUGUGUUGUCAUGGUGUGUUGCUGCCAUGUUGUGUUGUUGUCUUAGGUCUCUCUUUAUGCAGUGUUGUGGUGUCUCUCUUGUCAUGAUGUGUGUUUUCUCCUACAUUAUUUUGUUUAUUUUUUAUCCCAGCCCCUGUCCCCGCAGGAGAUCUUUGACUUGCCUAGUUAAAUUAAGGUUAAAUAAUAUAAAUAAAAACAAAGUAUUCUAAUUCCUAAUUCUAUGGUGUCACCAACAAAAAUGUAAACAAUAAGCCUAUAGCAAAUGCAGCAAAUGGCAUUAAUUUUUCACAUGCAAUGGAAAUAGGCUAGCACUUUUCGGUAGUGUUCAAAGCAUGCCAUUCCAUGAGAGCAGCAUUUCUUUUUCAACCAUGUUUUGAAGCAAUGAGCCCAAUCAGUCCUCCAUGACAACAACAGAGUAGGCCUUAGUUUUUGGGUUAUGUUCAGGUAAAACAAUUAGACUAAUCUAUAUUUCCAUAUUUCCAAGUCCUAUUCUUGAAGAUCAAGGGGUAUUUAAUUAAUUGGAAUGACUGGUAAUCUGACAGACAUUGGUUUUUUAUGUAAAUAUAUAGCCUAAUCGUUGUAUUAUCUGUAUUGAAGUAUAGAGCAAUGGGUUAGAAGCCUACAUAUUUUUUUUAUUUUUUUAUUUUUUUCACCUUUAUUUAACCAGGUAAGCCAGUUGAGAACAAGUUCUCAUUUACUACUGCGACCUGGCCAAGAUAAAGCAAAGCAGUGUGAUAAAAACAACAACACAGAGUUACAUAUGGGGUAAAAAAACAUAAAGUCAAAAAAUACAACAGAAAAUAUAUAUACAGUGUGUGCAAAUGUAGCAAGUUAUGGAGGUAAGGCAAUAAAUAGGCUAUAGUGCAAAAUAAUUACAAUUAGUAUUAACACAUAAUGCAUAAAGUAAAAUGCAACAUCCAUGUAGGUGCCAUUCAAUUGGUAAUAUUCAUGUUUGUCUUCUUCUAAUGCCUAUUAAGGGGAAAGUAAUCAAAAAGUAAUCUGAUUACAUUACAGAGUUUGGGUAAUCCAAAAGUUACGUUGCUGAUUACAAUUUUGGACAGGUAACUAGUAACUGUAACGGAUAACAUUUAGAAAGUAACCUACCCAACCCUGCACAUGUCAUCAUGACAAUCCUGCCUAUGGCAUAACAACAGGAUAUCACUAAAUUAGCAUUUCGUUUUUCAUCACCAAUAGUGUUACAUGUAGCAUUGUACUGUAGAUAUAACUCAGCAAGUGAGUGGAAAAUCGGCGUUCAAUCAAUAAUAUGAAUAGUGCUUUUGUAUGUAUUUAUUAUUUUGGAGCAAGAGUUUGCCCGACUCUCUGCCAAUAGCAGCUAGCUUUCAGUUUACACAUCCCUCCCAUUAGGCUCCUCCAAUUAGGCCCUUCUCUCAGACCACUCCCAGACAGUCCUAGCAAGAUUCUUGCUUGAGAAAUUGCAUUUUGCUAAGAAGCUAUUUUUGUUUCUUUUUGACCAUUUUAAUUGCAAACAGUCACAGUAAGGUACUUAAUUGUUACCCAGACAUUAUUUGAUAUUGACAUAAAAACAGCUGCAUUGGACCUUUACAGUGGCUUGCGAAAGUAUUUACCCCCUUGGCAUUUUUCCUAUUUUGUUGCCUUACAACCUGGAAUUUAAAUGGAUUUUUGGGGGGUUUGUAUCAUUUGAUUUACACAACAUGCCUACCACUUUAAAGAUGCAAAAUAUUUUUUAUUGUGAAACAAAUAAGAAAUAAGACAAAAAAACAGAAAACUUGAGCGUGCAUAACUAUUCACCCCCCCAAAGUCAAUACUUUGUAGAGCCACCUUUUGCAGCAAUUACAGCUGUAAGUCUCUUGGUGUAUGUCUCUAUAAGCUUGGCACAUCUAGCCACUGGGAUUUUUGCCCAUUCUUCAAGGCAAAACUGCUCCAGCUCCUUCAAGUUGGAUGGAUUCCGCUGGUGUACAGCAAUCUUUAAGUCAUACCACAGAUUGUCAAUUGGACUUCCAAGACAUUUCAAUGUUUCCCCUUAAACCACUCGAGUGUUGCUUUAGCAGUAUGCUUAAGGUCAUUGUCCUGCUGGAAGGUGAACCUCCGUCCCAGUCUGAAAUCCCUGGAAGACUGAAACAGGUUUCUCUCAAGAAUUUCCCUGUAUUUAGCGCCAUCCAUCAUUCCUUCAAUUCUGACCAGUUUCCCAGUCCCUGCCGAUGAAAAACAUCCCCACAGCAUGAUGCUGCCACCACCAGUGUUCUCGGGAUGAUGAGAGGUGUUGGGUUUGCGCCAGACAUAGCGUUUUCCUUGAUGGCCAAAAAGCUCAAAUUGAGUCAUCAGACCAGAGUACCUUCUUCCAUAUGUUUGGGGAGUAUCCCACAUGCCUUUUGGCAAACACCAAACGUGUUUGCUUAUUUUUUCUUUAAGCAAUGGCUUUUUUCUGGCCACUCUUCCGUAAAGCCCAGCUCUGUGGAGUGUACGGCUUAAAGUGGUCCUAUGGACAGAUACUCCAAUAUCUGCUGUGGAGCUUUGCAGCUCCUUCAGGGUUAUUGUUGGUCUCUUUGUUGCCUCUCUGAUUAAUGCCCUCCUUGCCUGGUCCGUGAGUUUUGGUGGGCGGCCCUCUCUUGGCAGGUUUGUUGUGGUGCCAUAUUCUUUCCAAUGUUUUAUAAUGGAUUUAAUGGUGCUCCGUGGGAUGUUCAAAGUUUCUGAUAUUUUUUAUAACCCAAUCCUGAUCUGUACUUCUCCACAACUUUGUCCCUGACCUGUUCGGAGAGCUCCUUGGUCUUCAUGGUGCCGCUUGCUUGGUGGUGCCCCUUGCUUAGUGGUGUUGCAGACCCUUGCUUAGUGGUGUUGCAGGCCUUUCAGAACAGGUGUAUAUAUACUGAGAUCAUGUGACACUUAGAUUGCACACAGGUGGACUUUAUUUAACUAAUUAUGUGACUUCUGAAGGUAAUUGGUUGCACCAGAUCUUAUUUAUGGGCUUCAUAGCAAAGGGGGUGAAUACAUAUGCACGCACCACUUUUCCGUUAUUUAUCUUAUAUAAAUUUUUUUAACAAGUCAUUUUUUCCAUUUCACUUCACCAAUUUUGACUAUUUUGUGUAUGUCCAUUACAUGAAAUCCAAAUAAAAAUGCAUUUAAAUUACAGGUUGUAAUGCAACAAAAUAGGAAAAACACCAAGGGGGAUGAAUACUUUUGCAAGUCACUGUAAGUGUGUAAUAUGCUGUUUAAAUCACUUGGUUGAAAAGGUAGUCCUCAGUGGACUGGAUUAAGGAAGUGCAGCGUCAGAUUUCUCAUCAUCACGAAUGCUGACAUACCGACGCUGCUGUAUCCAGCUUCAAACAGCCAGGCAGGGCAGGGCCACUGCUAAUCUGGGCCCAGUGCUGCUGUGGCAGAAAUGGCUCCCACUGUAAAGAGAAGAUCAUAGAGGAACAGAUAGAACAUUUCCUGGUUUCCUCUGUAGCAGCUGUUGUACAUUACUGAAAAUGGUUGUAUUCUCCACAUGCCUGAACAAUCCAUUAACAACAACAUGUUCCCUCAAGAGUAUUUCCCAGCUCUAACGUAUACUGUACGCACCAUCUUGGUGCAGACAUAAUGUUUCGCUGCAGGUAGAAGAUGCCUGUGGACACAAAUCUAGGAUCAGCUCCUCCAAAUCUAAAUUUUAACCAUUAGGUAGAACAUGGCAACAUUAUCUUCAGAUCCGCGUCUAUUGGGGCAAAUUCCCCUUACUCCUAAUGUGUCUAAUAGGGGUUAUCUGUGUGGCUUCUGUCUCACACUAAAACUAGCUGUCUUGAUCUCUUGACCCCUCCCACUAUGUUACCGUGGAAACAGAGCUUGUUGGAGGAGUUUCUUCCUGUUGUACCUCUCUCUAAUGUCCACACUCCCUCUAAUGGGGAUCAAAGGGUUAAACAAGGCCCUGGCAGCUAUCAGCAUAUGGCCAGGGGAUGUGUUGGUGUCAGGUUCCCCCCUCCUCCCUCUCCUCUCUCAGGAGACACAUUCCUCAGAUACCGUAGUAGUUCUCCAAACAUCCAGACUAUUCACCAAAUGUUCCUUUCAUUGUUCCAGAUGACGGGCCCUACUCUAAGGGCAGCAAGGACUCUGGAGGGACCGACCAUGCCUCCAGGAGACGCAGUAUUGCAGGUACAGUGGGGUUACACCUUACUGUGACUUUCAGUGAUUCCACUGUUUCUCCUCUGUGGUACCAUGUCCAAUAUUUUCAGCCUUACUCUCUCCAAGAUGUAAGGAUAUCUGAAGGAGUAAUGCUUUUCAAUGGAAUUGUUUGAUCACACAUGUUCCAUCACGCCUGCGCUGCGUUGGUUGAUAGAUGUAGCACUGUUUUGAAUAUCUUGUGCUGUAGUGCUUAGAUAAGGAGGAAAUAUGCCUAUGUAGCAUACCUGUCGUUGUAGACUAAAGGAGUCCUCUCCCUCUGUGGACUUCAUUUAGCAUGAUUUAACAGCACAGCACAAUGUGGCCAGAGCCAGAGACAGAAUGGGACCACGCACAUAACCUCCACAAUAAACUACAGCAUCUGAAGGCACUACGACUAGCUAUCCAUCAGAAGCCCAUUUAACCUAAAUUCUGUUCAUUUACGAAUCAGUAAAAUGUUCCUUUUCUGUCAAGAUUUAUUUUUUCAAUUAAUUCACUGAAUUCCAUCCCAUUAUGGUGAAUGUACUGAGUUUAUAUGGAGCUGACCCCAUCCCCCUAUCCAUGACAUCCAUCCGUUUAUAUGGAGCUGACACCAUCCCCUAUCCAUGACAUCCAUCAUCAGAGAGAAGAGGGAGGGGGAGAGAGAGAGGAGAGAGAGAAAGUGAGUCAAACAGAGAGAGAUAAUGAGGGGUAGAGAAAGAAACAGAACGUCAGAGGCAGAGAUAAUGAAGACGUGUUUGUAACUGUUCAGACAAACAGACUGUGUCCCAGAUGGAUGCUGACUGUGACUCUGUACAUCCACUGUUCCUCCUGUGUGUCCCUGUGUGUCCCUGUGUGUCCCUGUGUGUUCCUGUGUGUCCCUGUGCGUCCCUGUGCGUCCCUGUGCGUCCCUGUGUGUCCCUGUGCAUCCCUGGUGUCCCUGUGUGUCCCUGUGCAUUCCUGUCCCCCCCGUGCAUCCCUGUGCGUCCCUGUGUGUCCCUGUGUGUCCCUGUGUGUUCCUGUGUGUCCCUGUGUGUCCCUGUGUGUUCCUGUGUGUCCCUGUGUGUCCCUGUGCAUUCCUCUGUCCCCCUGUGCAUCCCUGUGCGUCCCUGUGCGUCCCUGUGCGUCCCUGUGUGUCCCUGUGCGUCCCUGUGUGUCCCUGUGUGUUCCUGUGUGUUCCUGUGUGUCCCUGUGUGUCCCUGUGUGUUCCUGUGUGUCCUUGUGUGUCCCUGUGUGUCCCUGUGUGUGUGUGUAGAAGACUACCGGGGCGUGACCACCGUGGACCUGAUGAAGAGGGAGGGCAGUAGCCUGGGCCUCACCAUCUCCGGGGGGUGCGAUAAGGACGGCAAGCCCAGAGUGUCAAACCUGCGGCCAGGUGGGCUAGCUGCCAGGUGAGAUCUCCACUGGGAUAACACAUCCUUAACCUGGCAACCGCAGCGAGCUGUCUGCAUGUGUUACCCACACCAUCCACACUGUAAUACACCAUCUCACCCUAACCUGGGGAUCAUAAACGCUGCAGGAGAUCAGCUGUUUACUGGGUGAUGUGGAACCUGGAACAGAUAUUCCACCAGAGCACAGUCUAGGAGAGGGACUCCUAUGUUAAUAAACAAGAUAAAUAUGGAUGUUCCCACCUACUCGUGAAUCACACAAACUAAAUUAAAUUACAUCUUACUACAGUGAAUUAAUUUGUAUUAAGUUAAUGUAGAAAUAACAUUUUAAGCGACUACCUGCUUUAUUUAAUUGCCUCACAAAUUACUUCGUAUUCAUAAUGGUUUAAUGUUUAUAUUUUGGAGUGUGGAGCGAUGUUAUUUCAGUAAAGAUACUUGAAUUAACAUUCAAUUAAUAUAAUUUAUCCUUAUAUCAGCCACAAAAAAAAAAAAUGCAGUGGAAAGCUCUCUCACGCUUCAGAGUGACUAAGCGGCAUGUGACUGCAGCCUCUCAUCUUUAUUACUCUCACACACACACACACACACACACACACACACACAUUAAAUACUGGAAAAUUACAUUCUUUCUGCCACCACAGAAGUGUCUCAGUAUAGAAUGUGGUCGACCGACUAGACAUGAAAAUCAUGAUAUUGCUUAACAGCUUAUCUCACUACUAUUAUAACCAUUACACCACUGGCCUGUUUCCUGGUCGACUCGGUUGGUCUCAUAUUCAGAAUAAAUCUAUGUUGAGAUGAGAGCGUAUGACCGUGUUUGGUAGGCUCAUGCUGAUAUGUGUGUCCUGAGUCACUGUAGCGAUUGGCAGUAGCCCAGAGGUGUAGCAGAGCAGCACAUCUAUUUAGUUAGUAUCCAAAUGAGCAUCGUGUUGACUCACAAUGUCACAUGGGAGACAUCAUGUGAAACAUGUCUCUCAUCUCUGUCUGUCUGUCUGUCUGUCUGUCUGGAGAAUUCAAGCGUUGCGUCUAUUUGCAUAGUAUUAUAAUUAGACAGACUAUCUGCUGCAAAGAUGCCAAACAUUGGUCAUGACAGGACAGUGAUGAAGAUACACAACAACGUUCUGAAGCCAUGAAUCAGGAGAUUAGAUGUUGUUUUCAGAGUCUAUCAUUAGGGGGCCAGGAGUUCUUCCUAAACAUGUGACCCAACCAACCCAGAGUUAUUCCCUGGCUAAGUGACAUGGUCAGGAAAAACUCUUCAAGCAACAUCUUCAAUCUUCUCUGCUGGGGAUGUGCUGCAUUGUAGAUCUAUCUGAGUGCCUCUAUCGCUCCUUGUAGGAGUGACCAGCUGAAUGUGGGAGACUACAUCAAGUCUGUGAAUGGCAUCAACCUGUCCAAGCUCCGCCACGAUGAGAUCAUCAGCCUGCUGAAGAACAUAGGGGAACGUGUGGUUCUGGAAGUGGAGUACGAACUACCUCCCUUUGGUAUGAGCACUUCUAGUGUGUAUAGGCCUGCAUCUAUUAUAGUAGUUCUAUAAUAUCCAUAUAUUUUCAAAUAACAUCUACGGUAGUGCAGAUAAGGUCAACAUAGCUUGCCUUUGUUCUUGGCUGAAAAAGCUUCCAAUUGUCUCUGUUGUUGUCUUCUCAUAAUGGGACAUUAUUCCAGUACAGUAGUUGUCAAUCUAUUUCUGGACUGUGACCCAGCAAGUAAACAAACUAAUCAUAAUCCCAGUGGAGGCUGGUGUCAUUUUCAAUCGGAGGACACGCUCAUUAUAAUGGCCCAAAUGGAAUGAAUGGAAUGUGUUUGAUGUCUUUGAUACCUUUCCAUUCAUUCUGUUCCAGCCAUGAGCCGUCCUCCCUUCACUGGAUGAUCCCGUUUUGACCCAUAAGGACCAAAACAGCAACCCAGCAAUGGGUCGCAACUCACAUUGGCAGUUAACACUAACCCUAAACCCAAGGACCCUGUACAGCAAACGAGAGGGGGAAAAAAUGAAGAUAAAGCAAUUAAAACUAAGGUUAAAACACUGAAUGUGAAUCAUGAAUGUGACAGUUGUGCUCUCUCUCCCCCUCUCUAUUUUCAGUCCAGAACGCUCCCUCAGGUGUCAUAGCUAAGACCAUAGAGGUGUGCCUAUACAAGGAGGGCAACAGCUUUGGAUUCGUCAUGAGAGGUGGGCAUCAUUCAGUCUGUUAGAAUGCACAGUGUGUAUAAUGAAGGGUGGCAGAGGAUGAAAGAUUGAACCUGAUCGUGUGUGUGUGUGUGUUCUGCUUCUCUAGGAGGGUUCCAUGAAGACUGGCACAGGUCUCGUCCUCUGGUAGUGACCUACGUACGGCCCGGGGGUCCUGCUGAUAGGUAAAGACAUGCAGAGGUGUGUGUGUGUGUGCCCCUUAUGAGUAAUUUCACAUGAGUAAGUGAUUAAGAAGCUCUGGAGUGCCUCGUUUUCAGUGUAUGGAUCUGUGUGCAAUCUGUAGAGCUUGCUGGACUUGGUUUGCUCUUUGCCAUUUGUUUCAAUGGCAAAUGCUAUUGAAAAGAUGUAGUGAUGCCUGCCUCCCAGACCUAUGGAAAUGCAGUCAUGCAUUAAUGUUAUAUCCACAUUAACAGUAUAAAGAGCAAGCUUCAUCCUAAGGCUAGGGACUAGCUAGCUGAAUGCUGUACUGCACUGUUUCUGUCCAGGAUUUCUCAGAAUAUUGAGGGCAACAUACAUUGUAUAUACAUCGUAUAAAGAAAACAUUGACAUGGUGAGUGUACUAUACACCAUGAGAGAAUAUAUAGAUAUUAUUUAUGUUUAUUAAUUUAUGUUAAUUCAUUUCCUGAGAGGUCAGAGGUAGAAUCUAUCUUUUACCAGAGAGAGGACAUUGGGAGCUGUUUGUUGGCUAAAGAUGACUGUACUGCAAUGUCCAAAACACCUCUAUUCCUAGAGACAGCAAACAGAAAGAUGGUGACCAUGUGAUGUGUCUGUGUGGACAGAGUGCCUGUACUCACUGCCCUCUCCUUUACACACACUUAAGGGUUAGGGUUCUCUCCCCUCUCUCUCUCUCUCUCUCUCUCUCUGUCUCUCUACUAGAGAGGGCACACUGAAGGCUGGUGACCGCAUGCUGAGCGUGGACGGGAUGCCCUUAAACCGAGAGAAGCACGCUGAUGCCCUCACUAUGCUGAUGCAGUGUAGCCAGGAUGCCCUGUUCCUGAUUGAGUAUGACGUCUCUGUCAUGGGUGAGCACACACACGCUGGGCGGAGGGGGAAUAUGUGAGAAUACGGCAGGCAAGGCAACAUCACUCUGAGGGUAAAUAAUGCGCCCGUUCCACAAGAAUGUAUUAGAGCGAGUGUUAGCUGCGCACAAGCCGCCACUUUGGGAUUCACACGGCUCCAAAACAUGUCAACACUUCGUAGGAAUGGUACAGCAGGUACAUACAAUAAAACAAUAUAUACUCUACUGAUUCUAAUACAGAAGUCGACUCUAUAUCUUAUGGAAGUAAGACAAACCACCCAGAGGUUUAGGAUUGUUUUUUAAUCUUUCAUUUUGCAUGUUGGAUAGAACGGUUUUAUUCUUCUAAAUGAAGCAAAAAAGCAAAAACAGAGAUCUUUCAUAUACCCUAAUUAGCACUAGUGCUUCACAGUCAGUCAGACAGACAGACAGACAGACAGACAGAUAGACAGACGUUCCUGCCCCCGAAUGAGCCCCACAGAAGGAUGCAGAAUGUUGAGGAUCGAGAGCUUGCGUCAGUUUGGCAAGGUCAAAUGUAAAAUAGCUCUUCAGUCUGUUCUCCUCCAAUAUGUACAGUGCCUUCAGAAAGUAUGAAAAAUGUAUGCACUCACUAACUGUAAGUCGCUCUGGAUAAGAGCGUCUGCUAAAUGACUAAAAUGUAAUGUAAAUGUACUUAUUCCACAUUUUGUUGUGUUGCAGCCUGAAUUCAAAUAUUUUUUUAAUCUCUCCCAUCUACACACAAUACCCCGUAAUGACGAAGUGAAAACAUGUUUUUAGAAAUGUUUACAAGUGUAUUGAAAAUAAAAUACAGAAAUAUUUACGUAAGUAUUCACACCCCUGAGUCAAUACUUUGUAGAAGCUUACAGCUUUGAGUCGUCUUGGGUAUGUCUGUAUCAGCUUUGCACAUCUGGAUUUGGGGAUUUUUCUCCCAUUCUUCCUUGUAGAUUUUCUCAAGCUCUGUUAAGUAAGAUGGGGACCAGCAGUCUUUCCACAGAUUUUCAAUGGGAUUCAAGUCUGGGCUUUGGCUGGGCCACUCAAGGACUUUCAUAUUUUUGUUCAGAAGCCAUUCCAGCGUUUCUUUGGCUGUAUGCUUGGGGUCAUUGUCCUGUUGGAACGUAAAUCUUUGCCCCAGUCUGAGGUUGUUUGCACUCUAAAGCAGGUUCGCAUCAAGGAUUUGUCUGUAUUUGGCUCCAUUCUUUGAUCCCUUGAUCCUUACCAGUUUCCCAUUCCCUGCUGCUGAAAACCAUCCCCAUAGCAUGAAGCUGCCACCACCAUGCUUCACGAUAGGGAUGGUGUUAGACGGGUGAUGGGCUGUGCCUGGUUUUCUUCAGACAUAGCGCUUUGCAUUCAGGCCAAAGAGUUACAUUUUUGCCUCAUCAAACCACAUAAUAUUUUGCCUUAUCCUCUCAGAGUCUUCCACGUGUCUUUUUUCAAACUCUGUGCGUGCUGUCAUGUACCUUUUUCUCAGGAGUGGCUUCCGUCUGCUCACGCUCCCGUAAAGCCCAGAUUGGUGAAGUGCUGGAGAGACUGUUGUCCAUCUGGCAGGUUUUCCCAUCUCAGCCAAGGAACUCUGUAGUUCGGUCAGAGUGGUCAUUGGGUUCUUGGUCACCUCCCUGACAAAGAUCAUUCUUGCUGGGUGGCUCAGUUUGGUCGACGGCCAGCUCUAGGCAGAGUCUGGGUAGUUCUAUAUUUUUUCAAUUUCCCAAUGAUGGAGACCACUGUGCUCUUGGAAACUUUCAACACUCUAGAAAUUGUUUUCUACCCUUCCCCAGAUAUACAGUACCAGUAAAAAGUUUGGACACACCUACUCAUUCAAGGGUUUCUCUUUAUUUUUACUAUUUUCUACAUUUUAGAAUAAUAGUGAAGACAUCAAAACUAUGAAAUAACACAUAUGGAAUCAUGUAGUAACCAAAAGAGUGUUAAACAUAGCAAAAUAUAUUUUAUCUUUUAGAUUCUUCAAAGUAGCCAACCUUUGCCUUCAUGACAGCUUUGCACACUCUUGGCAUUCUCUCAACCAGCUUCAUGAGGAAUGCUUUUCCAAUAGGCUUAUAGAAGUUCCCACAUAUGCUGAGCACUUGUUGGCUGCUUUUCCUUCACUCUACAGUCCAACUCAUCCCAAACCAUCUCAAUUGGGUUGAGGUCGGGGGAUUGUGGAGGCCAGGUCAUCUGAUGCAGCACUCCAUCACUCCCCGUCUUGGUCAAAUAGCCCUUACACAGCCUGGAGGUGUGUUGGGUCAUUGUCCUGUUGAAAAACAAAUGAUAGUCCCAGUAAGCGCAAACCAGAUGGGAUGGCGUAUCGCUGCAUAAUCCUGUGGUAGCCAUGCUGGUUAAGUGUGCCUUGAAUUCUAAAUAAAUCACUGACAGUGUCACUAGCAAAGCACCCCCACACCAUCACACCUCCUCCUCCAUGCUUCACAGUGGGAACCACACAUGCGGAGCUCAGCCGUUCAUCUACUCUGCGUCUCACAAAGACACGGCAGUUGGAACCAAAAAUCUCAAAUUUGGACUCAUCAGACCAAAGGACAGAUUUCCACCGGUCUGAUGUCCAUUGCUCGUGUUUCUUGGCCCAAGCAAGUCUCUUCUUCUUAUUGGUGGCCUUUAGUAGUGGUUUCUUUGCAGCAAUUCGACCAUGAAUGCCUGAUUCACGCAGUCACCUCUGAACAGUUGAUGUUGAGAUGUGUCUGUUACUUGAACUCUGUGAAGCAUUUAUUUGGGCUGCAAUUUCUGAGGCUGGUAACUCUAAUUAACUUAUCCUCUGCAGCAGAGUUAACUCUGGGUCUUCCUUUCCUGUGGCGGUCCUCAUGAGAGCCCGUUUCAUCAUAGCGCUUGGUUUUUGCGACUGCACUUGAAGAAACGUUCAAAGUUCUUGAUAUUUUCCAGAUUGACUGACCUUCUUAAAGUAAUAUAGACAGGUGUAUUUCUUUCUAAACCAUGUCCAAACAAUUGAAUUGGCCACAGGUGGACUCCAAUCGAAUUGUAGUGACGUCUCAAGGAUGAUCAAAGGAAAAAGCUGUAAGUCAGUGACAGUCAUGCCUGGGUUUGUCAGCAUAGGUCUGGGACACUCCUCUAGUACGGUGACACUCCCCAGGCAGUGCAAGGUUGGACUCGAGUCCUAGACAAGAUCUCAGACGAACUAACGUUUCCCUGAGAGUUCCCAAUCUAGUGUGCCUGAAUUUCUCUGUUGCGCCCCUAUCCCCUAGCUCUGUCAGUUCUCAGUUAUCACUGGAUAGGAUGCUUCAUACUGUAUACCAUCAGCUGAGACAGCUUGACCUCUGUACUGCCAUAGUUUAAUGUUAAGUGAGGUGGGUUGAGGUGAGGUAAAUGGGAAUAUCCUUGUUUGGAAUAUAGUGGGAAAGCAUCAUUAACAAACCAAAUGUCCCCUGAAAUAAAAUAAUGGGGUGUUCAAUUUAGAGAGAAGAGAUAAUGAAGAGAAAGUAAAUGUGGAGAUAAUGUGGAGAUGAUAAUGUAGAGUUACUAUUUCCAACAUUUUCCUAAGUACUCAGACACUGAUUUCAUCACUGUACUGUAGCAACCUUAACCCAACACCAAGCAAUCUCGUCAAUUCACUACAGUACUAACGACAUUACCCUUAAUGCCGUGUAUGUCUGUCUGUCUCUCAGAGUCGGUGCAGCAGGCCUCUGGCCCCCUGCUGGUGGAGAUAGUGAAGUGUCCUGCAGCCAGCCUGGGUGUCAGCCUGGCCACCGCAGUGAACAGGAACAAACAGGUCAUCGUCAUCGACAAGAUCAAACAGGCCAGUGUGGUGGAGAGGUGAGCCAAGCCUCCUGUCACGUACAAUGUCUACAUUUUUUACUUGCUUACCAAAGAGACCAUACUGUAUUUUGCAUGAGAAUAGCUUUAGACUAAAUGUAAUAUGCUUUUCUCCUUUCAAAUCCCUCUCUGUCUGUCCCUUUCCUACCCCCUCUCUCUCUCAGGUGUGGGGCAUUGCAUAUAGGUGAUCUCCUCCUGUGUAUAGAUGGGACCAGUACUGAGCACUGUUCCCUGAUGGAGGCCACGCAGCUGUUGGCCCAAACCUCUGACAUUGUCAAAUUGGAGAUCCUGCCAGCCAAUCAGAGCAGACUUCCCAUGAGACCUCAAGACACAGGUCAGUAUGCCAACACUCUCCAAGGCGUCCUCUCCUCCCCUCCUCACAGUCCUUUGUUUAUGCAGUGUUUAGGUUGUUUUCUACAUAUGUAACCCAGCAGAAGAAAACCCUACAUAGUUCCCUCUGCUGCUGCUGUAAAGGGACUGCAGAGGGUGAGCUGCCUCCUCCCGUAUGCUGUGAAUCAGUGUGGAGAGGGCUGGAGGCUACGAGCCCUGUACCCUGGGGUAGACCGCCGGCCGUUUAUGCAUACUGACAAGCUACACACACACACACACACACACACACACACACACACACACACACACACACACACACACCUCAUGCUGUGUUUUUUUCCAGGCUUCUAUCUGGGCCAACAGUUUAUUUUUAUUUAUUUUUUCAAAAUUAUUCAUUUACAAAGCACUGAUGACAUGUACAGUGCAUUCAGAAAGUAAAUAAAAAUCCUCAUCAAUCUACACACAAUACCCCAUAAUGACAAAGUGAAAACAGUUUUUUAGACAUUUUUGCUCAUUUAUAAAAAAUAAAAAACUGAAAUAUCUUAUUUACAUAAGUAUUCAGACCCUUUGCUAUGAGACUUGAAAUUGAGCUCAGGUGCAUCCUGUUUCCAUUGAUCAUCCUUGAGAUGUUUCUACAACUUGACUGGAGUCCACCUGUGGUAAAUUCAGUUGAUUGGACAUGAUUUGGAAAGGCGCACACCUGUCUAUAUAAGGUCCCACAGUUGACAAUGCAUGUCAGAGUAAAAACCAAGCCAUGAGGUCGAAGGAAUUGUCCAUAGAGCUCUGAGACAGGAUCGUGUCGAGGCACAGAUCUGGGGAAGGGUACCAAAAAAUGUCUGCAGCAUUAAAGGUCCCCAAGAACACACGCUUAAAUGGAAGAAGUUUGGAACCACCAAGACUCUUCCUAGAGCUGGCCGCCCGGCCAAACUGAGUAAUCGGGGGAGAAGGGCCAUGGUCAGAGAGAUGACCAAGAACCUGAUGGUCACUCUGACAGAGCUAAAGAGUUCCUCUGUGGAGAUGGGAGAACCUUCCAGAAGGACAACCAUCUCUGCAGCACUCUACCAAUCAGGCCAUUAUGGUAGAGUGGCCAGACGGAAGCAACUCAUCAGUAAAAGGCACGACAGUCCGCUUGGAGUUUGCCAAAAGGCCCCUAAAGGACUCUCAGACCUUUAGAAACAAGAUUCUCUGGUCUGAUGAAACCAAGAUUGAACUCUUUGGCCUGAAUGCUAAGCGUCACGUCUGGAGGAAACCUGGCACCAUCCCUACGGUGAAGCAUGGUGGUGGCAGCAUCAUGUUGUGGGAAUAUUUUACAGCGGCAGGUACUGGGAGACUAGUCAGGAUCGAGGGAAAGAUGAACAGAGAGAUCCUUGAUGAAAACCUGCUCCAGAGCGCUCAGGACAUCAGACUGGGGCAAAGGUUCACCUUCCAACAGGACAACGACCCUAAGUACCCAGCCAAGACAACACAGGAGUGGCUUCGGGACAAGUCUCUGAAUGUCCUUAAGUGGCCCAGCCAGAGCCCGGAUUUGAACCCGAUCGAACAUCUCUGGAGAGACCUGAAAAUAGCUGUGCAGCGAUGCUCCCCAUCCAACCUGACAGAGCUUGAGACGAUCUGCAGUGAAGAAUGGGAGAAACUCCCGAAAUACAGGUGUGCCAAGCUUGUAGCGUCAUACCCAAGAAGACUCAAGGCUGUAAUCGCUGCCAAAGGUGCUUCAACAAAGUACUGAGUAAAGGGUCUGAAUAAUUAUGUAAAUGUAAUAUUUACGUUUUUAAUUUUUAAUAAAUGUGCAAAAAUGUCUAUAAACCUGUUUUUGCUUUGUCAUUAUGGCGAAUUGUGUGUAGAUUGAUGAGGGGGAAAAACAAUUUAAUCAAUUUUAGAAUAAGGCUGUAACGUAACAAAAUGUGUAAAAGGUCAAGGGGUCUGAAUACUUUCCGAAUGCACUGUACAUGAUAAACAGCCUUAGUUUAAAUAGUUUGAUCCAUGUAAGAAUUAACAGGUAGAAAGGAACACCUAACAGUUGAUUGACAGAGCCUUUGGUCAGAGGUGGUUUCUUAGUGUGUGAGGUUGGGAAAGAUUGUGAAGCCUGAAAUGUGGUACAACUAUGCUGUGUCUUAGUGUUAACUACAGUGGCUUAGUCUUAUCUGCGAUGGGCGUCUUAGCAUUAGUGUACGUAUUUUAUGGCUGAGUCAUUAUAUUAUGGAGACACCCACUACCCAAUGGACUUGGAUUACAUAUUGUUAUCUGUCAUCGUCGACAUGGAUUAUCAUAUUACACUGUAUCACACUAAUGUAUGUACUCAAGAUAGUGAAAAGAAAGUGUUUCAGUGAGUUUUAUUUGUGCCUAUAAAAUUACUGUCAUUUAUCAUGUCCUUCAAAGUUGGAUUAGAUGUAGAGUCAUUAUUGAAAUGAAAUGCCACAAUGAUGAGAUUAUAUUUUAAUGAUACAUUCCCUUUGGGUAUUAGACAUUAUCAUAAAAUGCAAUUUGUCUAAUCCUCGCUGGGAUUUAAUAAGACUGAUAUGGCAACUAAAAGAUAAGCUGUUUUUACAGUAUUCCUCAGUAAAGAUAGGAAAUAGAGUUCUUAGAGAGCUCUACGCUGCAUGAGCAAAAGGGUUACAGGACCACAGAGUAGGAUGGAAGUUUUCCCUAACUACUGAGCCAGGGUCACAUCUUGUCACUCUUCUUAUGGUUAGGCAUAGGGGAUACAAAAGGGUUAAGACAACUUCUACCUGAGACGAACGUUGUGGACGUUUGAAAAAGGCUUGGGAGUUUCCUACAUGCUUUCAAAGACAUACUACAAUGUCUUGGACUUAACCAGGUGACCUGGAUCUGUGAGACAUCCAUGGCUUUCUUGCAAAUCCUUCUUCCAUGUGAGGAGGGAGGCUGUCACAGAUUAAGACCGUACGAAUAGAACACUAAGGAUUACAGUCAUGUGUAAUACUCCCCGUUAAAUAUAGCUGUAAGGUUUGGUCACAUUUAAGUGUGGAGUGUAGCGCCACAUCUUUCCCUUGAAUGUUUCAUUAAUGAUUUGGUUUUACUACAUUGAUUGUGGGUUUGAGAAAAGAAUAGCCAAUACUGUAUCUUUCAGCUACAACCUGCGCUUUACAGCAUUAAAGCAUAUAAAGAAUUUGUAAAGGGAGUAAACAUCUAGGGACACAGCCAUCACACUGUAAAUGCAGUCAUAAGAGUGGAACAUUUCAGACCAAUCAUUGUUCUGUGUCAUGUGGCAUCUAUCUCCAAUCCCAUGAACUUUUCACCCAACCGAAAAAGCCUCAGGUUUGACACUGACAGCCCACAUGCUCAAUUGGUCAAUUGGCCUGCCAAUCAGGAGAGAGGCGGGACAUAUCUUAUCCAUGAGGCAUCAUCUGCAAUCAGCCUUUCGGGUUUCAGUUGUGUUCAAUGAAGGCAGAUUCACAUGGCAUGUCCUCUCUUCACUCAAGGCAGUAUUAGCUCAAUGAGAGUCUGUUCUGACUGACUUGCCAGUGUUUUUACAAACCCAGUUUAUUUUGCUUUCUUCAAAGUGAAAUUGUAAAAUGUUCUCCAAUCUGCAUUCAGCUUUGCUGAAGCUUGUUAGUAAAAGUAAGAUAACAUUUCUCAGCCAUUCUGUCCUUCUUUGCUCCAUUCAAUUAAUUCAAUUAAAUGCAUUAUGCCACAGGAUUCAAUCUAGCGUAACAUGAAGAAAACAUCAAAUAUAAAUUACUUGCCUGGUGUUAUCCUGCAGGCUCUGUGUAGUGUGGUGAAAAUGUAGACAUGGAGAUUAAAGCAGGAUUUCAUGGGCAGAAUUUAGAAGCACAUUGCCGUGCCUGAGGAGAGAGUGAUUUUCCUCAUAAACAACUUUUAAAUAUUUUUUUGUUUCAUUGUGGCCACAGUGAAAGUGGAGAAGAGCAACCUUCACCAUUGGGACCCCACUGUCAACUACAGCCACACCCAACACUGCAAGACAUGGAGCAGUCCCAGCCACCCACUCAACCAGCAGGACCACUGCACAUGUAAGUUAGAAUGUGUGAAUAUGCUGCUGGGUAUAGUACAGUAUAUAGCCUUUUCCUUGCUACAUGUAUAUAUUUUGGAAGUUGCUGUUGAUCAUCUGUCUUUUUUUCGGUUUAUGAUCCUCUGAUCCCAAUGAUAAUGUUGCGAUAUCAUUGACUGUGUAUUAGCAUCGCAUGUAGCCUACGUGCAGUGUGGAGUUACAGGUCAAGUGGUGAGUUGCAUUAUUCUACCUUGAAGGGGAUUUCUCUUUGCAUUGAUGUCGUGAGCAUGUGUCCUUUCAGCUCUGGUGUGUGGUGGCUUCUCCCCUUCCUCCACAGCCACCUCAGGGUACAGCAGCAGCCAGGGCAGCAGCACCCUACCCUGCCCCAUCCCCCCCGCCGCCCCCACCACCAGCCCCCGAAGCACCACACACAAGAGACGCCAGCGGAGGAAGGAGCACAAGAGCUCACGUAUGUGGAUUGUGGACUGCUUUUAAAACAAAUGUGUAUUCAUAACAGGGUUUUAGAAUAGUUGGAGAAUUUACCUACCUCCCCUCAUUAAAGGCGUGACUGCUCAAAUGAUGGAUCACUGACGUGGACUGAGAUGACUGAUGGAAAGGCUGAUAGCUCUCUCGCUCUCUCGCUCUCUCGCUCUCUCGCUCCAUCUAUCCAUCCAUUCCUCCCCUUUCUCUCAAUUUAUCACGCUAUCCUCCCCCUCUCCCAGUGUCCCUAGCAUCCAGCUCAGUGGGCCCUGGGGGGCAGGUUGUUCAUGUGGAGACCAGCGAGGUCAUCCUGAGGGGGGAUCCACUCACAGGGUUCGGGGUUCAGCUGCAGGGGGGUGUUUUUGCCACAGAGACCCUGUCCGCUCCCGCAGUCAUCCGCUUCAUCGAGCCUGACAGCCCUGCCGAAAGGUUACACGCACACACACACACACACACACACACACACAGCCUCCCGCACAGAGACGUACUAUGCAGUGUGGAGUGACCUUGACCUUAGGGCCAUGUCUUAGUCACUCAGAGGACGGUAGGGUGUCAUCAGGAGUGAUGAGGAGAGUCACUGCUUUCUUUGAGGAAUACUAAUCUGGGUCUCCUAUCCCAAGAUGUCACUGUUAGCUCUGCUAUGUCCUAGCAGUUCCAUAAGGCACCUUGCUUUGAGGUAAUGGUAAUAACUUCAGUGGUAUUAGAAUCUGUGAGAAGCAAGUUAAUUAAUUCUAAUCUACUUUGUUUGUUUGUCUCACGUCACACUUGAACAUUGUAAAAGUUUAUUUUAGCCUUGCUUUAAAAAGCAUUUUUAUUUCUGCCCUUGUCUUGUAAGAGUAAUGAUAGUGUCUGUAUGAACAACAGAAGGCCAUGUCCCCUGGGUGGUCUAAUACCAUUUAAAGGUUCCCGCCGUUGGGAGGGAGUGACUCAAGCAGAACAUCCUAUUGUGAUGUUCGUCUCAGCACUGACGCAAGGUUAAUGGACUGCAGUGGUUAGUGAAUAAAUCUUAGUUGACAGUGCUGCUAUGUGUGUGUCCUAAUGAUGUGAUCAUGGAAGUAAGCAUCCAUCUGAAUAUGUGUGUGUGUGGGAUGUGUAACAUAAAGUUGAAGUUUGUGCCCUUGCCCUUUUUAUUUAAGGUCAAGCAAGGUGAAGAGUAAUUUUCUUAUCAGAGAAGUGAUUGACAUUUGUUCAACUUAGGUGACAUAUUGAUCCAUUAUUCCACGGUCACUGGAGUCAAAGCUAUUUUUCUGGUAAUAGAAGAAAUCUACUUAAAGGUUUCCCAUUGCUCCUAGCCAGAACGGGACAGGAGGGACUAGCUUUGUUCAAUUUAACACAAGGGUUGAUUGCAGGUAGGAUUGUGCCCUUCAGGGUCCUGACUCAGUGGUUUAUUGAUAGCGGUUAACAGUGUGGCUCAGUGGUUUAUUGAUAGCAGUUAUCAGUGAGUUAAGGUCAAAGUGGAGUUGAAAUAUGUUCACCAUAACCCACUUAUCUCUGAAAUAUAAAGCAGAGUCAUGAAAGGAAAGAACCAGAUAGCUCUGUAUUAGUAGUAGUACGUUGUCAGGAUAAUGUUUCUUAUCGCUUUACAGCAGGACUCUCAUGGUCUUUAGUUUAGGAGUAGGCUUCGUCUGGGAAAUGGGCCAUAAACGAGAGAAGUAUUAGGAAAAACUGUUCAUAACAACCGUUCAAUUUGGUUAAAUGUCUAACUGUAUAAAGGCCACAUUCCCUGUAAAAUAUGCUGAAUGCCACAUAGAAUUACCAAUUUUCCCCUAUUGUACUCUUCUAACUAUGUAACAAAAAGAUUCUCCCUCCAUUGUACUCUAACUAUUCUCUGUGCCGUCAGAUGUGGGCUGCUGCAGGUGGGGGACAGACUCCUGUCCAUCAACAGAAUCCCUACAGAGGACGGAACACUGGAGGAGGCCAAUCAGCUACUGCGAGACGCCGCUCUGGCCAAUAAGGUCACCCUGGAGAUUGAGUUUGAUGUAGCAGGUAUAGCCUUUUUCAUUAGUUUAACCUUUGUUCAUCCAAGUUGAAAUAGCUUCUCAAAUCAAAUCAAAAUGUAUUGGUCACGUGCACAGAUUUGCAGAUGUUGUACAGGUGCAGUGAAAUGCUUAUGUACUAGCUCCAACAUUGCAGUAGAAUGUCAAAUACACAAAUAAUCAAAAAAUCUAAACAACAAAUCAAGAAAUAACAAUCCAAAGUAGAUAUAUUACAGUGAGCAUGUGAGAAUCCAGAAUAUGAAUAUAAAUGUGUGGUGUGUAUAGACAGUAUAUAAUUUGGAAAAUGGUACAGUGGGGAAAAAAAGUAUUUAGUCAGCCACCAAUUGUGCAAGUUCUCCCACUUAAAAAUAUGAGAGAGGCCUGUAAUUUUCAUCAUAGGUACACGUCAACUAUGACAGACAAAUUGAGAAUUUUUUUCUCCAGAAAAUCACAUUGUAGGAUUUUUAAUGAAUUUAUUUGCAAAUUAUGGUGGAAAAUAAGUAUUUGGUCACCUACAAACAAGCAAGAUUUCUGGCUCUCACAGACCUGUAACUUCUUCUUUAAGAGGCUCCUCUGUCCUCCACUCGUUACCUGUAUUAAUGGCACCUGUUUGAACUUGUUAUCAGUAUAAAAGACACCUGUCCACAACCUCAAACAGUCACACUCCAAACUCCACUAUGGCCAAAGAGCUGUCAAAGGACACCAGAAACAAAAUUGUAGACCUGCACCAGGCUGGGAAGACUGAAUCUGCAAUAGGUAAGCAGCUUGGUUUGAAGAAAUAAACUGUGGGAGCAAUUAUUAGGAAAUGGAAGACAUACAAGACCACUGAUAAUCUCCCUCGAUCUGGGGCUCCACGCAAGAUCUCACCCCGUGGGGUCAAAAUGAUCACAAGAACGGUGAGCAAAAAUCCCAGAACCACACGGGGGGAACUAGUGAAUGACCUGCAGAGAGCUGGGACCAAAGUAACAAAGCCUACCAUCAGUAACACACUACGCCGCAAGGGACUCAAAUCCUGCAGUGCCAGAUGUGUCCCCCUGCUUAAGCCAGUACAUGUCCAGGCCCGUCUGAAGUUUGCUAGAGUGCAUUUGGAUGAUCCUGAAGAGGAUUGGGAGAAUGUCAUAUGGUCAGAUGAAACCAAAUAUAACUUUUUGGUAAAAACUCAACUCGUCGUGUUUGGAGGAUAAAGAAUGCUGAGUUGCAUCCAAAGAACACCAUGCCUACUGUGAAGCAUGGGGGUGGAAACAUCAUGCUUUGGGGCUGUUUUUCUGCAAAGGGACCAGGACGACUGAUCUGUGUAAAGGAAAGAAUGAAUGGGGCCAUGUAUCGUGAGAUUUUGAGUGAAAACCUCCUUCCAUCAGCAAGGGCAUUGAAGAUGAAACGUGGCUGGGUCUUUCAGCAUGACAAUGAUCCCAAACACACCGCCCGGGCAACGAAGGAGUGGCUUCGUAAGAAGCAUUUCAAGGUCCUGGAGUGGCCUAGCCAGUCUCCAGAUCUCAACCCCAUAGAAAAUCUUUGGAGGGAGUUGAAAGUCUGUGUUGCCCAGCGACAGCCCCAAAACAUCACUGCUCUAGAGGAGAUCUGCAUGGAGGAAUGGGCCAAAAUACCAGCAACAGUGUGUGAAAACCUUGUGAAGACUUACAGAAAACAUUUGACCUGUGUCAUUGCCAACAAAGGGUAUAUAACAAAGUAUUGAGAAACUUUUGUUAUUGACCAAAUACUUAUUUUUCACCAUAACUUGCAAAUAAAUUCAUAAAAAAUCCUACAAUGUGAUUUUCACGAUUUUUUUUCUCAUUUUGUCUGUCAUAGUUGACGUGUACCUAUGAUGAAAAUUACAGGCCUCUCUCAUCUUUUUAAGUGGGAGAACUUGCACAAUUGGUGGCUGACUAAAUACUUUUUUUCCCCACUGUAUGUACAGUAGGUAUAUUAGGAUGGGCUACAGUAUGUGGAGAAUACAGUAUAUACAGUACCAGUCAAAAGUUUGGACACCUACUCAUUCAAGGUUUUUUCUUUAUUUUUUACUAUUUUCUACAUUGUAACUAUUGAGAUGCACCUCCACUCUCCUGUUAUGGUUGUGAUGUAUGGCUGAGAUGAGGACCCUACAUACUGUUGUUAUGGUUGAGAUGUUUGGUGAGAUGAGGACCUUACAGACUGUUGUGCUGCAUCAGAUGACAGAUUAUUCUACAAUGUAGAAAAUAGUAAAAAUAAAGAAAAACCCUUGAAUGAGUAGGUGUGUCCAAACAUUUGACUGGUACAGUGUAUAUAACAGUAUAUAAACAGAAUGAGGUGACCAGUGUUCAAUGACUAUCUAUAUAAACUCAGCAAAAAAAGAAACUGUCUUUCAAAGAUAAUUUGUAAAAAUCCAAAUAACUUCACAGAUCUUCAUUGUAAAGGGUUUAAACACUGUUUCCCAUGCUUGUUCAAUUAACCAUAAACAACUAAUGAACAUGGUGAACGGUCGUUAAGACACUAACAGCUUACAGACGGUAGGCAAUUAAGGUCACAGUUAUGAAAACUUCUACUGACUCUGAAAAACACCAAAAGAAAGAUGCCCAGGGUCCCUGCUCAUCUCUGUGAACGUGCCUUAGGCAUGCUGCAAGGAGGCAUGAGGACUACAGAUGUGGCCAGGGUAAUAAAUUGCCAUGUCCGUACUGUGAGACGCCGAAGACAGCACUACAGGGAGACAGGACGGACAGCUGAUCUCCCUCGCAGUGGUAGACCAUGUUUAUCAACACCUGCACAGGAUCGGUACAUCCGAACAUCACACCUGCGGGACAGGUACAGGAUGGCAACAACAACUGCCCGAGUUACAGCAGGAACGCACAAUCCCUCCAUUAGUGCUCAGACUGCCGCAAUAGGCUGAGAGAGGCUGGACUGAGGGCUUGUAGGCCUGUUGUAAGGCAGGUACCAGACAUCACCGGCAACAACGUCGCCUAUGGGCACAAACCCACCGUCGCUGGACCAGACAGGACUGGCAAAAAGUGCUCUUCACUGACGAGUCGCGGUUUUGUCUCACCAGGGGUGAUGGUCGGAUUCGCGUUUAUCGUCAAAGAAAUGAGCGUUACACUGAGGCCUGGACUCUGGAGCGGGAUCGAUUUGGAGGUGGAGGGUCCGUCACGGUCUGGGGCGGUGUGUCACAGCAUCAUCGGACUGAGCUUGUUGUCAUUGCAGGCAAUCUCAAUGCUGUGCGUUACAGGGAAGACAUCCUCCUCCCUCAUGUGGUACCCUUCCUGCAGGCUCAUCCUGACAUGACCCUCCAGCAUGACAAUGCCACCAGCCAUACUGCUCGUUCUGUGCGUGAUUUCCUGCAAGACAGGAAUGUCAGUGUUCUGCCAUGGCCAGCGAAGAGCCUGGAUCUCAAUCUCAUUGAGCACGUCUGGGACCUGUUGGAUCAGAGGGUGAGGGCUAGGGCCAUUCCCCCCAGAAAUGUCAGGGAACUUGCAGGUGCCUUGGUGGAAGAGUGGGGUAACAUCUCACAGCAAGAACUGGCAAAUCUGGUACAGUCCAUGAGGAGGCGAUGCACUGCUGUACUUAAUGCAGCUGGUGGCCACACCAGAUACUGACUGUUACUUUUGAUUUUGAUCCCCCCCCCCUUUGUUCAGGGACACAUUAUUCAAUUCAAAUCAAAUCAAAUCAAAUCAAAUUGUAUUGGUCACAUGCGACGAAUACAACAGGUGCAGACAUUACAGUGAAAUGCUUACUUACAGCCCUUAACCAACAGUGCAUUUAUUUUAAACAAAAAAGUAAAAAUAAAACAUCAACAAAAAAAGUGUUGAGAAAAAAAAGAGCAGAAGUAAAAUAAAGUGACAGUAGGGAGGCUAUAUAUACAGGGGGGUACCGUUGCAGAGUCAAUGUGCGGGGGCACCGGCUAGUUGAGGUAGUUGAGGUAAUAUGUACAUGUGGGUAGAGUUAAAGUGACUAUGCAUAAAUACUUAACAGAGUAGCAGCAGCGUAAAAAGGAUGGGGUGGGGGGGCAGUGCAAAUAGUCCGGGUAGCCAUGAUUAGCUGUUCAGGAGUCUUAUGGCUUGGGGGUAGAAGCUGUUGAGAAGUCUUUUGGACCUAGACUUGGCACUCCGGUACCGCUUGCCGUGCGGUAGCAGAGAGAACAGUCUAUGACUAGGGUGGCUGGAGUCUUUGACAAUUUUGAGGGCCUUUCUGUUAGUCACAUGUCUGUGGAAGUUGUUCAGUUUAUGUCUCAGUUGUUGAAUCUUAUGUUCAUACAAAUAUUUACAUAUGUUAAGUUUGCUGAAAAUAAACGCAGUUGGCAGUGAGUGGACGUUUCUUUUUUUGUUGAGUUUACACGGAGCAUUAGUCUCAAGGUGCAGGGCGGAGUACCGGGGAGGUAGCCUGCUUGUGAUGUUUGUUAUUUAUGUUGUAAUCAAUCUGUUUCUUUCAUGCCCCCCCCCCCCCAAUUAGAAUCAGUGGUUCCCAGUAGUGGCACAUUCCAUGUCAAACUGCCCAAGAGGAGAGGAGUGGAACUUGGCAUCACCAUCAGUGGUGAGUUACCAGAUGCAAACGGCAGGGGGCGACGUAGCCCUACAUAAGGACCCUUGGUCUGCAUAUCUCUCUGUGAUUGAUAACUGUGGCCUAGACUGUCAUGAGAGCUACCGCCUCAUUAAGUUUGAUGAAUAAUAGUGGUCUACAAGCAUUUAUCAUCACCUCUUUCACACUUUAACGAGCAUGGAAAAACAAUAAAGGACAGUAAUUCUCUGUAGUACAGAGAGUAUGUUAGUGAUGUCAUUUACAUUUAAGUCAUUUAGCAGACGCUUUUAUCCAGAGCGACUUACAAAUUGGUGCAUUCAACCGCUUUGAUGUUAGCGGAGAAUGACAGGGUGUUGUCCAGGGUCACGCCAAGGUUCUUUGCACUCUGGGAGGAGGACACAAUGGUGUUGUCAACCGUGAUGGCGAGAUCAUGGAGUGGGCAGUCCUUCCCCAGGAGGAAGAGCAGCUCCGUCUUGCCGAGGUUCAGCUUGAGGUGGUGAUCCGACAUCCACACUGAUAUGUCUGCCAGACAUGCAGAGAUGCAAUUCGCCACCUGGUUAUCAGAAGGGGGAAAGGAAAAAAUUAAUUGUGUGUUGUCUGCGUAGCAAUGAUAGGAUAGACCAUGUGAGGAUAUGACAGAGCCAAGUGACUUAGUGUAUAGAGAGAAUAGGAGAGGGCCUAGAACUGAGCCCUGGGGGGACACCAGUGGUGAGAGCACGUGGUGCGGAGACAGAUUCUCGCUACGCCACCUGGUAGGAGCGACCUGUCAGGUGGGACGCAAUCCAAGAGUGAGCAGAGCCGGAGAUGCCCAACUCGGAGAGGGUGGAGAGGAGGAUCUGAUGGUUCACAGUAUCAAAGGCAGCAGAUAGGUCUAGAAGGAUCAGAGGAGAGAGAGUUAGCUUUAGCAGUGCGGAGAGCCUCCGUGACACAGAGAAGAGCAGUCUCAGUUGAAUGACCAGCCUUGAAGCAUGACUGGUUUGGAUCAAGAAGGUCAUUCUGAGAGCGAUAGCAGGAGAGUUGGCUAGAGACGGCACGCUCAAGAGUUUUGGAGAAAAAAGAAAGAAGGGAUACUGGUCUGUAGUUGUUGACAUCGGAGGGAUCGAGUGUAGGUUUUUUGAGGAGGGGUGCAACUCUCGCUCUCUUGAAGACGGAAGGGACAUAGCCAGCGGUCAAGGAUGAGUUGAUGAGCGAGGUGAGGUGAGGUAAGAUCUCCGGAAAUGGUCUGGAGAAGAGAGGAUGGGAUAGGGUCAAGCGGGCAGGUUGUUGGGCGGCCGGCCGUCGCAAGAUUUCAUCUGGAGAGAGAGGGGAGAAAGAAGUCAAAGCAUAGGGUAGGGCAGUGUGAGCAGGACCAGCGGUGUCAUUUGACUUAGUAAAUGAGGAUUGGAUGUCGUCAACCUUCUUUUCAAAAUGGUUGACAAGUCAUCCACAGAGAAGGAGGAGGGAGGGGGAGGAGGAGGAUUCAGCAGGGAGGAGAAGGUGGCAAAAAGCUUCCUAGGGUUAGAGGCAGAGGCUUGACAUUUAGAGUGGUAGAAAGUGGCUUUAGCAGCAGAAACAGAGGAAGAAAAUGUAGAGAGGAGGGAGUGAAAAGAUGACAGGUCCGCAGGGAGUCUAGUUUUCCUCCAUUUCCGCACGGCUGCCCGGAGCCCUGUUCUGUGAGCUCGUAAUGAGUCGUCAAGCCACAGAGCAGGAGGGGAGGACCGAGCCGGCCGGGAUGAUAGGGGACAUAGAGAGUCAAAAGAUUCAGAAAGGGAGGAGAGGAGGGUUGAGGAGGCAGAAUCAGGAGAUCGGAAGGAGAAGGAUUUAGCAGAGGGAAGAGAUAAUAGGAUGGAAAAGGAGAGAGUAGCGGGAGAGAGAGAGCGAUGGUUGCGACGGCACAUUACCAUCUGAGUAGGGCAGAGUGAGUAGUGUUGGAGGAGAGUGAGAGAGAAAAGGAUACAAAGUAGUGGUCUGAGACUUGGAGGGGAGUUGCAGUGAGAUUAGUAGAAGAACAGCAUCUAGUAAAGAUGAGGUCAAGCGUAUUGCCUGCCGUGUGAGUAGGGGGGGACGGUGAGAGGGUGAGGUCAAAAGAGAAAAGGAGUGGAAAGAAGGAGGCAGAGAGAAAUUAGUCAAGGCAGACGUAGGGAGGUUAAAGUCACCCAGAACUGUGAGUGGUGAGCCAUCCUCAGGAAAGGAACUUAUCAAGGCGUCAAGCUCAUUGAUGAACUCUCCAAGGGAACCGGAUAAGGAUGUUAAGCUUCAAUGGGCUAGUGACUGUGACAGCAUGGAAUUCAAAUGAGUAGAUAGACAGAUGGGUCAGGGAGAAAAGAGAGAAUGUCCACUUGGGAGAGAUGAGGAUUCCUGUGCCACCGCCACGCUGACCAGAUGCUCUUGGGGUAUGCGAGAACACAUGAUCAGACGAGGAAAGAGCAGUAGGAGUAGCAGUGUUUUCUGUGGUAAUCCAUGUUUCCGUCAGCGCCAAGAUGUCGAGGGACUGAAGGGUAGCAUAGGCUCAGAUGAACUCUGUCUUGUUGGCGACAGAACGGCAGUUCCAGAGGCUGCCGGAGACCUGGAACUCCACGUGUCAUAGAUACUGAAGCUAGUUGGGCAGGCCAUCAGUUACUGAAGCUAGUAGGGCAGGCCAUCAGUUACUGAAGCUACUAGGGCAGGCCAUCAGUUACUGAAGCUAGUAGGGCAGGCCAUCAGUUACUGAAGCUACUAGGGCAGGACAUCAGUUACUGAAGCUACUAGGGCAGGCAAUCAGUUACUGAAGCUAGUAGGGCAGGCCAUCAGUUACUGAAGCUAGUAGGGCAGGCAAUCAGUUACAGAAGCUACUAGGGCAGGCCAUCAGUUACUGAAGCUAGUAGGGCAGGCAAUCAGUUACUGAAGCUACUAGGGCAGGCCAUCAGUUACUGAAGCUACUAGGGCAGGCAAUUAGUUACUGAAGCUAGUAGGGCAGGCCAUCAGUUACUGAAGCUAGUAGGGCAGGCAAUCAGUUACUGAAGCUAGUAGGGCAGGCAAUCAGUUAUUGAAGCUACUAGGGCAGGCCAUCAGUUGACUUGUGAUACAUGCAUUGAUUUGGGACUGUGUGCACUAAAGUGGAACAUGCAGGGAUCCAGAGCAAAUCAAAAUAAUUUGGGCAACAGUCAACUCCUGAUAAAUGUGUGUUUCUAUUCCCUGCCUUUCUAUUAUCUCUGGAUGUUAUGAAUGUUUAAUUUAAUGGUGUCUUUCUGUCUGAACAGCAAGCAAGAGACCCGACAAACCUCUCGUCAUCUCUGAUAUCAGGAAAGGAAGCAUAGCCCACAGGUAUGUCCAGCAUCCCAAUCAUAUGGAGGAGUCAUGCUGAUAAGGUCUGCAAAGAAACAUCCAGUGGUUAGAUUCCUCAAACAAAUGACUUCCUUUACUGUCCCAAGUCUGGGGUUCGUUUCAACUGGCAAGUCUGAAAUGCAAUGAUACUAGUCAUGAGGAGAACCAAGAGUGUUUCCCAACCAUGUGACCUUAAAGGGAUAGUUCACCCAAAUUACAAAAUAACAUAUUGGUUUCCUUACCCUGUAAGCAGUCUAUGGACAAGGUAUGACCGCAAUCCAUGCUUUGGUUUAGUUUCCAUGGCACCAUUUCCACAUGCUACCAUUUUAGCGGCUCAAAUCCCAUUCAAGUCAUGGGACCGAUUAUUAUAAUUUUUCAGGCAUCAUGUUAAAGGGUUACUUCGGGAUUUUGGCAAUGAGGCCCUUUAUCUACUUUCCCAGAGUCAGAUGACCUUGUGGAUACCAUUUUUAUGUCUCUGUGUCCAGUAUGAAGUUAGAGGUAGUUUAGCGAGCCAAUGCUAAUUAGCGUUAGCGCGUGCUAGCAGAUAACAUAGACUUCCAGUCACUGCGCUAAUGCUAGUUAGCAAUUGCGCUAGCGCUAGUUAGCAACUAACUUCAAACUGCAAGCAGAGACAUAAAAAUGGUAUCCACAAGUUAAUCUGACUCUGGGGAAGUAAAUACAAAUCCCUUUAAAAACCUCUAAGUGACUUUGUUGAGCUUCACAAUCAAUUUGUAAUUUGGUUGAACUAUCCCUUUAACAGGAACAACUCUGGGCCGUAGUAUAAGCAGAUUUGAGAUGCAAAGCAAAUGUCAGGUACAAACAUACACAGUGUUAUUUGAUGUUUUAUCUCAUCGGGUUUCAUUUCCUGCUCUCCCCUUCCUGCUAAUAGGACGGGCACGUUGGAGCCAGGGGACAGGCUGCUGGCCAUCGAUAACGUGCGUCUGGAGAACUGCACCAUGGAAGAUGCCAUGCACGUGCUGCAGCAGGCAGAGGACAUGGUCAAGCUCCGGAUCCAGAAGGACGAGGACAACGCUGGUAGGAUGAACAAACACAUUGUCAUGCUUCAAAAAUAAAUGUGCAGUCCUGAAGCUUAUUUGCAUGGAGAGUUGUGUCUAGAAGAGAGAGACGGCAGGUAGCCUAGUGAUUAAGAGCAUUGGGCCAGUAACCGAAAGGCCAGUGGUUCGAAUCCCCGAGGCACUUAACUCUAAUUGCUCCUGUACAGUGAGGGAAAAAAGUAUUUGAUCCCCUGCUGAUUUUGUACGUUUGGCCACUGACAAAGAAAUGAUCAGUCUAUAAUUUUAAUGGUAGGUUUAUUUGAACAGCGAGAGACGGAAUAACAACAAAAAAAUCCAGAAAAACACAUGUCAAAAAUGUUAUAAAUUGAUUUGCAUUUUAAUGAGGGAAAUAAGUAUUUGACCCCCUUUCAAUCAGCUGCCUUGAGAUCAUUGACAAGAUCCUCCCGUGUAGUUCUGGGCUGAUUCCUCACCGUUCUCAUGAUCAUUGCAACUCCAUGAGGUGAAAUCUUGCAUGGAGCCCCAGGCCGAGGGAGAUUGACAGUUAUUUUGUGUUUCUUCCAUUUGCGAAUAAUCGCACCAACUGUUGUCAUCUUCUCACCAAGCUGCUUGGCGAUGGUCUUGUAGCCCAUUCCAGCCUUGUGUAGGUCUACAAUCUUGUCCCUGACAUCCUUGGAGAGCUCUUUGGUCUUGGCCAUGGUGGAGAGUUUAGAAUCUGAUUGAUUGAUUGCUUCUGUGGACAGGUGUCUUUUAUACAGGUAACAAGCUGAGAUUAGGAGCAUUCCCUUUAAGAGUGUGCUCCUAAUCUCAGCUCGUUACCUGUAUAAAAGACACCUGGGAGCCAGAAAAAUGUCUGAUUGAAAGGGGGUCAAAUACUUAUUUCCCUCAUUAAAAUGCAAAUCAAUUUAUAACAUUUUUGACAUGUGUUUUUCUGGAUUUUGUUGUUGUUAUUCUGUCUCUCACUGUUCAAAUAAACCUACCAUUAAAAUUAUAGACUGAUCAUGUCUUUGUCAGUGGGCAAACAUACAAAAUCAGCAGGGGAUCAAAUACUUUUUUCCCUCACUGUAAGUCGCUCUGGAUAAGACCAUCUGCUAAAUGAAUAAAAUGAAAAUGUAAAUAACACAUUUCUGUCCAAUUAGGUUGAAUUCCCCAGUAGAAACAUCUUCAGACUAUCUAUACAUUUCUUUCUAGUAUAAAUAACAUUACAUACCAUUUGGUACAAGGAAGUUACAAUUUGUGAUGGCUAAUUGUACUGUAAUGCCCACUCUUAUCAAAUAUUUCUCUGUAAAAUACCAUCAAAUACUUGAUAAAAUUCCAUCUGAAAAAUAACUGUAAAAUUAAAUGGUGACGUGGUAUAUGUCAUGUGGCUGCUAUAUUUGUCCUACAAAAUGUCUGCUUAUACAUGUUUUAUUUGUGUCUCACAAUGUCUCUCGUUGUGUGGUAGCCAGUUUCGAUGUGACCCAGAUUUGAGCUAGACUAGUUCAUCCCUUAUGUAAUAACUGUCAUAUUUAUACAUGUUUGAGUGUAGCGUGUGUGUGUGUGCUCUCUCUGUCCCUGUCAGAUGAGCUGGAGAUGUCUGGUUCCAUUAUCUACACGGUGGAGCUGAAGCGUUACAACGGCCCGCUGGGUAUCACCAUCUCAGGCACAGAGGAGCCCUUUGAUCCCAUCGUCAUCUCAGGCCUUACCAAGAAGGGCCUGGCCGAAAGGUGAGAUGUCAUGGGCCAGGGGAUAGGGGUCAGGGGCAUGAGGUUGACUCUCCUAUUAUAUAGUGGUAAACGGGUGAUGAGGCUACAGACUGGCUCCAUAGGUGGGAUUUUGCACACAUUUCAUUUGUCAAAAGUGCCUUCCUUUCCUUGUCUGCUCUGCUUCAUCGGUACUGAUCUGUAUGGAGAGGUGAAAGCAAUAUAGAGGAUGCCUACUUCUCAGGGAUCUGCUUUCUGUCUGGGUUUUCUAUACAAUUAUUUAAUGUCAGUUUAGAUAGAGGAGGCCUCUUUAGACUGUUGGUCUAUUGAGAUGCACCUCCACUCUCCUGUUAUGGUUGUGAUGUAUGGCUGAGAUGAGGACCCUACAGACUAUUGUUAUGGUUGUGAUGUAUGGCUGAGAUGAGGACCCUACAGACUGUUGUUAUGGUUGUGAUGUAUGGCUGAGAUGAGGACCCUACAGACUAUUGUUAUGGUUGUGAUGUAUGACUGAGAUGAGGACCCUACAGACUAUUGUUAUGGUUGUGAUGUAUGGCUGAGAUGAGGACCCUACAGACUAUUGUUAUGGUUGAGAUGUAUGGCUGAGAUGAGGACCCUACAGACUAUUGUUAUGGUUGUGAUGUAUGGCUGAGAUGAGGACCCUACAGACUAUUGUUAUGAUUGAGAUGUAUGACUGAGAUGAGGACCCUACAGACUAUUGUGAUGGUGGGAGUUUGAGCUACUGUCAAUCAUUGGCCUGUGUUGCCCAUUGGGGCCAAGGCCACUCUAGUGGUUAUCUGUGGAAACAGCAAGCCCUCAAAGCCUCACUGUGUAAAAUAUGUAAAUAAACAAAAGCAGUCUAGUCUGUUGUUUGGUUAUCAGUCAGCUCUUUGUUACUGUCUGGUCAAACUGGACAGCCAGGCAGUUUCAAGGUCACAACAAUACAGAAAAGCCUCUGAAACAGAUGGGGAGAUAUCAGCACUCUCUGAUAGCCUUUAUCACCUUCUUAUUACAGCCCGACCAAUAUAUUGUUUCACCAAUAUUAUCGGCCUUUUACCAAUAUCUCGAUCUCGUCCGAUAAUUCCACCAAUUUUCGAUAAAUAGGAUGAAAAAGGCAAAUACAGUACCAGUCAAAAGUUUGGACACACCUACUCAUUCCAGGGUUUUUCUUUAUUUUUACUAUUUUCUACAUUGUAGAAUAAUAGGGAAGACAUCAAAACUAUGAAAUAACACAUAUGGAAUCAUGUAGUAACAUUUUAUAUUUGAGAUUCUUCAAAGUAGCCACCGUUUGCCUUGAUGACAGCUUUGCACACUCUUGGCAUUCUCUCAACCAGCUUCAUGGGGUAGUCCCCAUGAAUUAACAGGUGUGCCUUCUUAAAAGUUAAUUUGUGGAAUUUCUUUCCUUCUUAAUGCGUUUGAGCCAAUCAGUUGUGUUGUGACAAGGUAGGGGUGUUAUACAGAAGAUAGCCCUAUUUGGUAAAAGACCAAGUCCAUAUUAUGGCAAGAACAGCUCAAAUAAGCAAAGAGAAACGACAGUCCAUCAUUACUUUAAGAAGGUCAGUCAAUCUGGAAAAUUUCAAGAACUUUGAAAGGUUCUUCAAGUGCAGUCGCAAAAACCAUCAAGCGCUAUGAUGAAACUGGCUCUCAUAAGGACCGCCACAGGAAAGGAAGACAGAGUUACCUCUGCUGUGGAGGAUAAGUUCAUUAGUUACCAGCCUCAGAAAUUGCAGCCCAAAUAAAUGCUUCACAGAGUUCAAGUAACAGACACAUCUCAACAUCAACUGUUCAGAGGAGACUGCAUGAAUCAGGCCUUCAUGGUUGAAUUGCUGCAAAGAAACCACUACUAAAGGACACCAAUAAGAAGAAGAGACUUAGUUGGGCCAAGAAACACGAGCAAUGGACAUUAGACCGGUGGAAAUCUGUCCUUUGGUCUGAUGAGUCCAAACUUGCGAUUUUUGGUUCCAACCGCCGUGUCUUGGUGAGACGCAGAGUAGGUGAACGGAUGAUCUCCACAUGUGUGGUUCCCACCGUGAAGCGUGAUGGUGUGGGGGUGCUUUGCUGGUGACACUGUCAGUGAUUUAUUUAGAAUUUAAGGCACUCUUAACCAGCAUGGCUACCACAGCAUUCUGCAGCGAUACGCCAUCCCAUCUGGUUUGCGCUUAGUGGGUCUGUCAUUUGUUUUUCAACAGGACAAUGACCCAACACACCCCCAGGCUGCGUAAGGGCUAUUUGACCAAGAAGGAGAGUGAUGGAGUGCUGCAUCAGAUGUCAUGGCCUCCACAAUCACCCGACCUCAACCCAAUUGAGAUGGUUUGGGAUGAGUUGGACUGCAGAGUGAAGGAAAAGCAGCCAACAAGUGCUCAGCAUAUGUGGGAACUCUUUCAAGACUGUUGGAAAAGCAUUCCAGGUGAAGCUGGUUGAGAAAAUGCCAAGAGUGUGCAAAGCUGUCAUCAAGGUGGCUACUUUGAAGAAUCUCAAAUAUAAUAAUAAUAUAAUAAUAAUAUGCCAUUUAGCAGACGCUUUUAUCCAAAGCGACUUACAGUCAUGUGUGCAUACAUUUUUACGUAUGGCUGGUCCCGGGGAUCGAACCCACUACCCUGGCGUUACAAGUGCCAUGCUCUACCAAUUGAGCUACAGAGGACCACCAAAAUAUAUUUUGAUUUGUUUAACACUUUUUCUGGUUACUACAUGAUUCCACAUGUGUUAUUUCAUAUUUUGUUGUCUUCACUAUUAUUCUACAAUGUAGAAAACAGUAAAAAUAAAGGAAAACCCUUGAAUGAGUAGGUCUGUCCAAACUUUUGACUGGUACUGUAUGUUAAUUUUUUUCAACUUUAUUAUUACGGUUAGUGGGCUCAAACACGAGGUUACCAGGAUAGCGGGAAGUUGCUUUCUCAGCAAAACCUCUCACAGACCUAGCCUGGUUCCAAAUCUGCAUGUGCUUCAGAGAAGAGAACAGAGCUGUGAAGGAGUGACUGGUCAGCUGCAGUGUUUUCCCCGUAAAACCCAGGGGUUAUCAUUUAACUGUGUGUGCAUGUUUAUGUUCAUGUUGUGUUUCUAAUGUUGUCAGAAUCUGGGUGUGGGUUUGGGUUUGUGUUCAUGUGUGUUCAAUCAUGUGGUGUUCCUAGAUGUGGAUUGAUGCUGGCUAUCAAUGUUCCAAGAUAGCGUAGCAGUGCGGUCGUGUUCUCUUGUGUGUCCAUGUAAAUAGCCAGUUUUUUGUAUUUUUUAGGUAUUUCAUGUAUAUAUUUCCCUAUCACACUUUUCAUCCUUCUAUUAAAUAUACUUUCCUGUAACCAGCCUCACUCAAUGUGGAACGGAUUCUAUUAUUUACUCACUUUUAUCUAAAAUCUCCAGUUGAAACUAGCCAGCCAGCUAACUAGCUAACUAGCUAACUAGCUACUUGCUAUUAGCCACCGUCAGCGGUUUUCACCCAGAACAUCGGAUUUUCUGCCGGAAUAACUGAAUCACUGGACCCUAACACCGGAUCUAGCUAGCCGCAACCGAAUGGAUGUCGCUGUAGGCUAAUCACCACUGCCCCCGUAGCACCAGUUAGCCUUGAGCUAGCCCCGGCUAUCUACCUCUCUGUCUACCGGAAGGGAGUAGCCAGCUAACCAGCUAACUAGCUACUUGCUAUUAGCCACCGUUAGCGGCAUGUUCUCCAUUGUCCAUGGCCUGCACUACCUACCAGCCAGCUCUAGUCUGGACUAUUAUUGGCCAGUCUGCACUGUCAGCACAGCGAGUUAUCGACCCAGAACCUAUCGGAUUUUCUGCCGGAAUCACUGAAUCAUUGGACCUUUAGCACUGGAUAAUCGCAACUAGCUAGCUGCAACCAUAUGAACGUUGUUGUUGGCUAAUCAGCCUUGAGCUAGCCUUGAGUCAAGCACAUCUCCCGGCUAUCUACCUCUCUGUCAACCGGACGGGACCUCCUAGAGUCGACACGGAGCCCUGCCGAUCCAUCACGACUGGUCUGCCGACGUAAUCGUCUGUGGUUUCAACAGGCUUCCCGUUGCGACGGCCACGAAGAUCCAUCUGCUACCCCCGGCCCUGCUAGCACACGCAAACUACAACCAUGCUUCCUGCUCGCUGUGCUGAAGCACCAAUUUGAACUGCUCUCGGACUCACAUAUUGCUGUUCACUGGACCUUAUGAUCACUCAGCUGCACAGCUGAUGCCUGCUGGACUGUUCCUUUACACAGUACCCUGUCCUGUUUAUUCUGUUUAGCCUCAGCCCAAACUUUAUCGCCAUUACCAGUUGUUGUCUUAGCUCUCUCUAAUAACACCUGUGAUUGCUUUAUGCCUCUCUCCCAUGUCAAUAUGCCUUGCCUAUUGCUGUUCCAGUUAGUUCUUAUUAUACAAUUUCACUGUAGAACCCCAAGUCCCUCUCAAACUGCCUCAAAUAGUUCCUUUGUUCCACCCCCCACACACGCCGAGACCGGCUCAAUUGGUGCCUCCAGUGAUGCUAUCUCUUUCAUUGUUACCCAACGCUUAGGUUUACCUCCACUGUACUCAUAUCCUUCCAUAUCCUUGUCUGUACAUAAUGCCCUGAAUCUUUUCUACAACGCCCGGAAAUCUGCCCCCUUUAUUCUCUGUACCCAACGCACUAGAAGACCAGUUCUUAAAGCCUUUAUCCGUAUCCUUAUUCUAGUCCUCCUCUGUUCCUCUGGUGAUGUAGAGGUUAACCCAGGCCCUGUAGCCCCCAGUAUCACUCCUGCUCCCCAGGAGCUAUCAUUUGUUGACUUCUGUAACCGUAAAAGCCUUGGUUUUCUGCACGUUAACAUCAGAAGUCUACUUCCUAAGUUUGAGUUAUUCACUGCGUUAGCACACUCCGCCAACCCUGAUGUUCUAGCAGUGUCUGAAUCCUGGCUUAGGAAGGCCACCAAAAAUUCUGAAAUUUCCAUCCCCAACUACAACAUUUUCCAUCUAGGUAGAACUGCCAAAGGGGGUGGAGUUAGCCUGCAGAGCUCUAUCAUACUAUCCAGGUCUGUGCCCAAACAGUUGGAGCUUCUACUUCUAAAAAUCCACCUUUCCAGAAAUAAGUCUCUCACUGUUGCCGCUUGCUACAGACCCCCCUCAGCCCCCAGCUGUGCCCUGGAUACCAUAUGUGAAUUGAUUGCCCCCCAUUUAUCCUCAGAGUUCGUACUGCUUGGUGACCUAAAUUGGGAUAUGCUUAACACCCCGGCCAUCCUACAAUCCAAACUAGAUGCCCUCAAUCUCACACAAAUUAUCAACGAACCUACCAGGUACAACCCUAAAUCCGUAAAUAUGGGUACCCUCAUAGAUAUCAUCCUGACUAACUUACCCUCUAAAUACACCUCCGCUGUCUUCAACCAGGAUCUCAGCGAUCACUGCCUUAUUGCCUGCGUCCGUAACGGGUCCGCGGUCAAACGACCACCCCUCAUCACUGUCAAACGCUCCCUAAAUCACUUUAGCGAGCAGGUCUUCCUAAUUGACCUGGCCCAGGUAUCCUGGAUGGAUAUAGAUCUCAUUCCGUCAGUAGAGGAUGCCUGGUUGUUCUUUAAAAGUAAUUUCCUCUCAAUCUUAAAUAAACAUGCCCCAUUCAAAAAAUACAGAACUAAGAACAGAUGCCCCUGGUUCUCCUCAGACUUAACUUCCCUUGACCAGCACAAAAACAUCCUGUGGCGUACUGCAUUAGCAUCAAAUAGCCCCCGCGAUAUGCAACUGUUCAGGGAAGUCAGGAACCAAUAUACACAAGCAGUUAGGAAAGCAAAGGCUAACUUUUUCAAACAUAAAUUUGCAUCCUGUAGCACUAACUCCAAAAAGUUUUGGGACACUGUAAAGUCCAUGGAGAAUAAGAGCACCUCCUCCCAGCUGCCCACUGCACUGAGGCUAGGAAACACUAUCACCACCGAUAAAUCUACAAUAAUCGAGAAUUUCAACAAGCAUUUUGCUACGGCUAGCCAUGCUUUCCACCUGGAUACCACUACCCUGGCCACAAGCUCUAUACCCUCCGCUGCAACUUGCCCAUCCCCCCCUGCCCCCCCCCCCCCCCCCCCCCCCCCCCCCCCCCCCCCCCCGCUUCUCCUUCACACAAAUUCAGACAGCUGAUGUUCUGAAAGAGCUGCAAAAUCUGGACCCCUACAAAUCAUCUGGGCUAGACAAUCUGGACCCUUUCUUUCUAAAACUAGCCGACGAAAUUGUCGCAACCCCUAUUACUAGCCUGUUCAACCUCUCUUUCGUAACGUCUGAGAUACCCAGAGAUUGGAAAGCUGCUGCGGUCAUCCCCCUCUUCAAAGGUGGUGACACUCUAGAUCCAAACAGUUACAGACCUAUAUCCAUCCUGCCCUGCCUUUCGAAAGUUUUUGAAAGUCAAGUUAACAAACAGAUCACCGACCAUUUCGAAUCCCACCGUACCUUCUCCGCUAUGCAAUCCGGUUUCCGAGCUGGUCAUGGGUGCACCUCAGCCACGCUCAAGGUCCUAAACGAUAUUAUAACCGCUAUCGAUAAUAGACAGUACUGUGCAGCCGUCUUCAUCGACCUGGCCAAGUCUUUCGACUCUGUCAACCACCGCAUUCUUAUUGGCAGUCUAAAUAGCCUUGGUUUCUCAAAUGACUGCCUCGCCUGGUUCACCAACUACUUCUCAGAUAGAGUUCAAUGUGUCAAAUCGGAGGGCCUGUUGUCUGGACCUAUGGCAGUCUCUAGGGGGUGCCACAGGGUUCAAUUCUUGAGCCGACUCUUUUCUCUGUGUAUAUCAAUGAUGUCACUCUUGCUGCUGGUGACUCUCAGAUCCACCUCUACGCAUUUUGUAUACAUCUGGCCCUUCAUUGGACACUGUGUUAACAAACCUCCAAACGAGCUUCAAUGCCAUACAACACUCCUUCAGUAGCCUCCAACUGCUCUUAAACACUAGUAAAACUAAAUGCAUGCUCUUCAAUUGAACGCUGCUGGCACCCGCCCACCCGUCUAGAAUCAUUACUCUUGACGGGUCUGACCUAGAGUAUGUGGACAACUACAAAUACCUAGGUGUCUGGUUAGACUGUAAACUCUCGUUCCAGAGUUACAUUAAGAAUCUCCAAUCCAAAGUUAAAUCUAGAAUCGGCUUCCUAUUCCGCAACAAAGCCUCCUUCACUCGUGCUGCCAAACAUGCCCUCGUAAAACUGACUAUCCUACCGAUCCUUGACUUCGGCGAUGUCAUUUACAAAAUAGCCUCCAACACUCUACUCAGCAAAUUGGAUGUAGUCUAUCACAGUGCCAUCCGUUUUGUCACCAAAGCCCCAUAUACUACCCACCACUGUGACCUGUACGCUCUUGUUGGCUGGUCCUCACUACAUAUUCGUUGCCAAACCCACUGGCUCCAGGCCAUCUAUAAAUCACUGCUAGGCAAAUCCCCGCCUUAUCUUAGCUCAUUGGUCACCAUAGCAACACCCAUCCGUAGUAUGCGCUCCAGCAGGUAUAUCUCACUGGUCAUUCCCAAAGCCAACACCUCCUUUGGCCGCCAUUCCUUCCAGUUCUCUGCUGCCAAUGACUGGAACGAAUUGCAAAAAUCUCUGAAGCUGGAGACUCUUAUCUCCCUCACUAACUUUAAGCAUCAGUUGUCAGAGCACCUUACCGAUCACUGCACCUGUACACAGCCCAUCUGAAAUUAGCCCACCCAACUACCUCAUCCCUAUAUUGUUAUUUAUUUUGCUCAUUUGCACCCCAGUAUCUCUAUUUGCACAUCAUCUCUUGCACAUCUAUCAUUCCAGUGUUAAUACUAAUUGUAAUUAUUUUGCACUAUAGCCUAUUUAUUGCCUUACCUCCAUAACUUGCUACAUUUGCACACACUGUAUAUAUAUUUUCUGUUGUAUUUUUGACUUUAUGUUUUGUUUUACCCCAUAUGUAACUCUGUGUUGUUGUUUUUAUCGCACUGCUUUGCUUUAUCUUGGCCAGGUUGCAGUUGUAAAUGAGAACUUGUUCUCAACUGGCUUACCUGGUUAAAUAAAGGUGAAAUAAAUUAAAUAAAUUAAAAAUCAGAUCUUCUUCUCCUAUGCCAUUGGCACCUAUGCCUCUGCCUUGGGAAAAAAUAUCAGGAAAAUUGUUUCUUCUCCAUAAGAUUUGAUUCAUGAAAUUGUGAAAUCAAUGACUGUUAUUGGCAUCAUAACAACGAUAGUCAGAGGAGUUUGACAGCAAGUUCCAAUAGAAUCACCUAUAUUCAAAACAGCUCUAUUUCCCUGACAGUGUUUCCCUAGGCGGUAUAGGCGUGCCACAAAGUGGCAUGCGGUACCCUUAGUGUUGCCACACAAAACAGAAAAGUAUUCGAAUUUUGGAACUAGAUGUCCAUACACUUUGAGGACAUUACAUCAUGCCAUCACAUGCCUAAGUUGGUUUUAGGUGGUUUGAACAACCAAUUACCAGUUACCUUGCUUUCUUAUCUAUUGUUUGUAAUAUGCUUUAUGUUUAUGUGCUGUCGUCUCAUACGCUUGGAAAUAACAAUGUUUUCAGUGGCACCCUCCUCCUUCAAAGGUAUACAAAUAUUGUCUUCUGUUUGUAGGACUGGUGCCCUCCAUAUAGGGGACCGUGUCUUGGCCAUUAACUGUGUGAGUCUGAAGGGGAAACCCCUGAGUGAGGCCAUCCAUCUACUCCAGAUGGCCGGAGAGACUGUCACCCUCAAGAUCAAGAAACGGCAAGAUGGUAUGUACUGUUAUUGUUAAGUUUGUUAAUCAAGUGACUUUUUAAAAAGCAUGCAUGGAAGGGGAUGCCGAGGCUUCUUUUUAGAGGACUCUAAUUGGAUGGAAGGAAAGACUCAAGUCAUUGGAUUUGAUGUUGACAAACUGAAUAUUCUCUCGUUAGAGGCAUUUCAUUGACAUAAUUAAAUAGAGCCGGAUCUAUAUGAUUUUUUUGGAAUUCCAUACCGAUAUAUCUGCCGAUAUGCUGUAUUACAGUGGGGAAAUUAAAGUGUCAUUUUUACACACCGAGUUCCAUCUCCGGUCACACGCUUGAGGUGGUGUCCAGCGCCAAAGCGCUCGGCCUGACAUUCCGAGCAAACCUAAAAUGGGACACGCACAUCUCUGACAUUACCACCAAAAGGAACUGAAUGCUCUUCAUGAUGAACUGCCUACGCCACUUCAACCUCCCCCUGAAGACCUUCUGGCAGUCUACGCCUGCUUUGUCCAUCCAGUGGUCGAGUACGCCGCUCCGGUAUGGCACCCAUGUCUCACAGCCCACCAACACAACCAGCUUGAGAAGGUCCAGCGACGUGCAACCAAAAUCGUCUUGGACCCCACCUACACCCUCUACGACUCUGCAUGCAAUGUCCUGGGCUUACAGACCUUGGAGUCCCGCCUCACCUGCCUCUGCUGAUCCUUUGGCCCAGAAGCUUUCAAAAUCCCAGGAUUACAGCAUAUGGCUGCCUCAGAUGAGAGGCCAUGUCAUCGGCCGAACUACCUGAUCCAAUCAAAAUCUAAACCCUUCCCCCUACUAGGACAGACACUACAACAGCCUUAUGCCUUACUUUGUGAGAUUGCUUAAUGCUGCUUGACUGUAAUGUUUAUACUAGACCUUACAUUUUAUUUUAUUUGCUUACUUACAUAGGUAUAUGUAUGCUGCAAUUCAGCUUUCAGCUGCAAAUGUGUACAAUUCAAAUAAAACUUAAAUAUAUAUAAAUUGCCAUCCAAAAGAGCAAUUGUCCAAGAAAUAUGCUACAAAUGUUGAUUUCUUGCAUUGUGACAAUAAUUACACAUCAUGAGAAUGACCACAAGUGUUCAGAUAAAAAUGAGAUUCCCUUUUGUCAUCAUUUUUAUCGAAUAUCUGUGGAAUUAUCGGCCGAUAUCGGUAAAAGGCCAAUAUCAGCCAAUAAUAUCGGUGAAACGAUAUAUCGCUCGGGCUCUAUAGUAUGUCAAUUGGUUCUUCAAACCACCUAAAACCAGUUUAGAAGAUGGGAAUAACACAAGGGAGAAGGACUGCCCCUCUCAUUGUGGUCCUCUGUAGCUCAGCUGGUAGAGCACGGCGCUUGUAACGCCAAGGUAGUGGGUUCGAUCCCCGGGACCACCCAUACACAAAAAUGUAUGCACGCAUGACUGUAAGUCGCUUUGGAUAAAAGCGUCUGCUAAAUGGCAUAUUAUUAUUAUUUAUUAUAAGCCACGGAUGUUCAAGGCCGACCGCGGUACUGCAGGCAUUGUUGGCAGAAAACAGGAUCCCCAUUAUAGUGAAUGGAAAACUGUCAAUCUUUGUGUAAAUAUAUAUAUUUUUUAAUACAAUCAUGGUACCAAUAAUUGCUUCUAAUACACCAGAUGUACAUAUACUGAGUACACCAAACAUUAGGAACACCUUCCUAAUAUUGAUUUGCAACCCCCUUUUUCCCUCAGAACAGCCUCAAUUUGUCGAAAGCGUUCCACAAGGAUGCUGGCCCAUGUUGACUCCAAUGCUUUCCACAGUUGUGUCAAGUUGGCUGGACGUCCUUUGGGUGGUGGACCAUUCUUGAAACACACAGGAAACUGUUAAGUGUGAAAAACCCAGCAGCGUUGCAGUUCUUGACACAAACCAAUGCACCUGGCACCUACUACCAUACCCCGUUCAAAGGCACUUAAAUCUUUUGUCUUGCCCAUUCCCCCUCUGAAUUGCACACAUACACAAUCCAUGUCUCAAGGCUUAAAAAACCUUCUUUCACCUGUCUCCUCUUCAUCUGCACUGAAUGAUGUGGAUUUAACAAGUGACGUCUGAGUGGCGCAGUGGUCUAAGGCACUGCAUCGCAGUGCUAACUGUGCCACUAGAGAUCCUGGUUCGAAUCCAGGCUCUGUCGCAGCCGGCCGCGACCGGGAGACUCAUGGGCGGCGCACAAUUGGCCCAGCGUCGUCCAGUGUAGGGGAGGGAAUGGCCGGCAGGGAUGUAGCUCAGUUGAUAGAGCAUGGCGUUUGCAACGCCAGGGUUGUGGGUUCGAUUCCCACGGGGGGCCAGUAUAAAAAAUAUAUAUAUGUAUUCACUAACUGUAAGUCGCUCUGGAUAAGAGCGUCGGCUAAAUGACUAAAAUGUAAAUGUAAAUGUCUGUAAGGGUUCAUAGCUUUCACCUGGUCUGUCUGUCGUGGAAGGAGCAGGUUUUCUUCAUGUUUUGUACACUCAGUGUAUUUAAUUACAUAAUUGAGUUAUGAUUCUCUCUUAACUCGCCACUGACUCUCUCUGUUCCCAUACAGAAUCGGAUGGGCACCAGACGUCGGAGCAGGCAGGGUUCCUGAGCGACACAGAGGAUGAGCUGACUGACUCCCAGAAGACCAGUAAACAUUCAGGGGUGUACUCUGCCACCGUGCCCAGCGUGGACUCUGCCGUGAGCUCCUGGGAUGGCUCCGGCAUCGAUGCUGACUACGGCAGCCAAGGUGAGGACAGAACAUGGCCGCAUAGUCAUUACCAGUUUAGACAACCAGCUUAGGCCACUUUAGAUUAUUGCUCACAUGACUGUCCUGAAAUCCGUUGUUGGGUGGGUAGAACGUUAUCAUGUUUUUUUAUGUCUGUUUUUGUCGCUUGUGUGCAGGAACGUAUCUCCACAGAGCUGCAGAUUUGACUUUCCAGCCUAAUGAGUGGAGACGCACCAAACCGCCCAGGUCCCACCUCAACAGCAUCUCCACUGGCCUCACCGGCCUUAACCACCACUCCCACCUCUACGAUGGGAGAUACACUGAGGAUGACUGGGAUAAGGCUGCUGGGUGAGUGCCUACUUCAGGCUAUAACAAUGGAUUUGUAUUUUCAAGUUUCAAAGUCUAUUUGUCACGUGGACAGGAUACAGCAGGUAUAAAACAGUACAGUGAAAUUAUUACUUCCAAGCUCUUUCAAACAGCAGUAUUAAGUAUAAAGGUGAGAGGACAUUAUAUAAAGGAAGAGACACGAGGAACACGAGAAUGCAUACUAUAUACAGGGUCAGUGCCAGUACCAUAAUUACAAUGAGCAGUGGGUACUGUUGCCUGGUUCCGGGUCUGUUUGUGCUUUAUCCAAGUCCUAAAGCACAUACAGUACCAGUCAAAAGUUUGGACACACCUACUCAUUCCAGGGUUUUUCUUUCUUUUUUAAUAUUUUCUACAUUGUAGAAUAAUAGUGAAGACAUAAAAACUUGAGAUUUUUGGUUACAACUGCUGUGUCUUUGUGAGACGCAGAGUAGGUGAACGGAUGAUGUCCGCAUGUAUGGUUCCCACCGUGAAGCAUGGAGGAGGAGGUGUGAUGGUGUGGGGGUGCUUUGCUGGUGACACUGUCUGUGAUUUAUUUCGAAUUCAAGGCACACUUAACCAGCAUGGCUACCACAGCAUUCUGAAGCGAUACGCCAUCCCAUCUGGUUUACGCUUAGUGGGACUAUCGUUUGUUUUUCAACAGGACAAUGACCCAAAACACACCUCCAGGCUGUGUAAGGGCUAUUUGACCAAGACGGAGAGUGAUGGAGUCCUGCAUCAGAUGACCUGGCCUCCACAAUCCCCCGACCUCAACCCAAUUGAGAUGGUUUGGGAUGAGUUGGGCCGCAAAGUGAAGGAAAAUCAGCCAACAAGUGCUCAGCAUAUGUGGGAACUUCUAUAAGCCUAUUGGAAAAGCAUUCCUCAUGAAGCUGGUUGAGAGAAUGCCAAGAGUGUGCAAAGCUGUCAUGAAGGCAAAGGUUGGCUACAUUGAAGAAUCUAAAAGAUAAAAUAUAUUUUGCUAUGUUUAACACUCUUUUGGUUACUACAUGAUUCCAUAUGUGUUAUUUCAUAGUUUUGAUGUCUUCACUAUUAUUCUACAAUGUAGAAAAUAGUAAAAAUAAAGAAAAACCCUUGUAGGUGUGUCCAAACGUUUGACUGGUCCUGUAAUACAGAUCUGGCUAAUGGAUUUGAUAGGUGUAAUAAUUUUACAACAAACAUCUUGUUUCGUUCUGUGGCUUUCAAUGUUGUUAUUUUUUCCUUUUCAUCUACAAGUAUGCCUUCUGUAUGCCUCCACUCAUGUAUGUAAGCAAUGAUCAUCAUAAAUGUUGUUGAAGAUAGGUACAAAAAAUCUAUCUUUCAAGGCUGGUUUAAUCUAAAACUCUGUGUUGUUUCACUGACAGCUAUCGAUUUGGAAAGUGAAUCCAAUAAAUCUGCAAUGUCACUCAAAUAUUUGGCUUUAGAAUUUUUCUCUAAAUCACCACAGUUGUUUAAUUCCUCCAUGUUAUCUGCUCCUAUCUGUUAUAUUUCUCUCUUUCUCAGGUAUUCUCUCUCUCAUCUGCUUUACUAACCGCCCGCGAGGCUCCUGGUGUUUCACAUAAACGCAUAUUUUUCUCUGUGGCUUUUGUCUUCACCAAACCUGUCGCUCUAAAACACCCAAAGGCCCCAUGGACACACCUCUGCCUUGUCUGUUGCCUCAAUCUUAACUCUUCACUAGAUUUUCUUCUCAACUUUUGUGUCCCUCACUGCCACAAACUGUCUACGCCCUUAGGCUUUUUGGGUGGCUUAACUUUUAAACGAUGAACUAUCUGCAUGAAUAAUCUUUCUAUUCUAAGGGACUACACUGUUCUGUGCUGGUACUGUGCUAGUGAGAGAGUUUACUCUUGCCCUCACUGAGGCCUGAAAGGUUUUUAAAGGACCUCUCAUCGUCAUGCAGUCCAUUGCCUGCAUUACCCACGCUGCUCUGCAGGCCACACCUGUUUCAAACCAGUCUCAAAACACCUCAGUCUCUGGACAGCAAGGCUCCUCUCAUGUUCUGGUUCCUGCAUUGUCAUAGAUACGCCAGUCCCCCUAGUUGUCAUGGCACCCUAAAACAGGAGGACAGCUUCUGGUCCCAGGCGCUGCAGGACCUAGAGACCUGCGGCCAAUCGGAGAUACUCAGGGAGCUGGAGGUAAGCUACAUCUCCCUCUAUCUGUCCCAAUCUGCUACUAAAUGAAGCGAUGCAAAAGUCUGAUUGUCUAGACCGUCCAGACACCUGCUGCCACUUUGAUCAAUGGAGACAUUGGCACAAAGCCUCCCUAUUCAGUCAAGCUGUGAGUGUGCAUGUAUUCAGUUAUACAGUAUAUCAUGUUAUUUUAUUCACACACCUAUAAUUUAACAAUCCUGUUGUCUUCUCCCAGGCAUCCAUGACGGGCAGCACUCUCAGCCUGUAUCUGGAAGAGACGAGGUCCCAGGAAGACUCAGUGCUACAGAGCAGAAUCAGUCCUGUGAAGAGGGGUCCCAUUCAUGACGAGCCCAAGACCAAAAGCAACCUGCAGAGGUCCAACAGGACCAGGGACACACCACCCGGGGGGACAGGGGAGCCCCAGGAGACCACCUCUCCUACAGCCCUGGAACUACUGAAGGUACAUAGCAGGAUUGGAGGCGGCAUCUCAAUUCAGUUAAUUUAGGAAGUGCAUUAAAGUUCCUAUUCAAGAACUGAAAAAUAAUAAGAAUUUCAGUCCUGUACAAAAGGCCGGCCCUCUCAAGCUGAUUGGCCUGCAGCCCUGUCAAUCACUCUUCACACCUCUGUUCAUCCAACCAAUCAGGGCGCUUGGACACACUCCAGGGCUCCGCCCUGCACACCUCAAGUUAGAUCCUGUUCACCUGCCAUUUCAAGAAGAAACAAGUAUUGUGUAAUGAAGGACUCCAACAUGCUGUUUUCCUAUCUUGAAGUGUUGUGCAUCCAUCAAACAUGUAAGUGUUGUGAAAUAUGUAUAGUUGUGUGCAAUGUCUGACCCAGGAUGAGACCUAUUUGUUAGGUUUUUCAUGUUUUUCAUGCAUGUCUUUGUAUUGCCGCAUUAUAAGUAGCCUAUUGCAUUUCUACAUGUGUGUUGCUAUACCUUUGCAUUCGUUCAUGUUUAUAUUAUGCCACAAUUUUCUCUUGAUUAUUGUAUUGCAUGUAUAUCUAUUUCUUAGUCUCUUAUAAGUGGAGCCUAAUGCUUGUAUUGUUCCUCCCUUUUUAGAACCACACAACAAUAUAAAGAACGUUAAUGGAAUCCGAUGUGUCUGUGUGCGUGUGGUGGUGACCAAGUGUUCAGUAUGGGCCUCAACAUGGUGUUCUAACCGGACAACACUGUAGUGAGCAGAACUUAAGCAAUCAGAAUAAUUUACUAGCUGGUGAGGGCAUUCCCAGCCGACCUCUGAGAUGAGCUCCAGCUAGCAAUUUUUUAAUGGUCCUUCGAGACGGAUUCUGACCUGCUAUAGUUGAGAUGUUGAGGUACCCCAAAGAGGAGUUUGUGUGUCUCACCACGAGACGACCGUCACCACCCACCUCAGCCCACACCGCCAUACGAAGCGGUCACGCACCUGAGCCUUACACCACUUUCUCAUCCAAGAGACUACUACAAGCCCUGCUCCAUGCCUCCUCAGUGGUGAGGGAGUGACCACCCACUCUCCAGUUAGGAGCUGCGGAGGGACUACUGCUGUAUGAGCAGGAAGAGCUCAGGAGGACGUACUCUAGGUCCUCCCGGCCUGAGUCACCGCCGCGGGAGCACCGUUACGCCGUUACUCUCCUGACCGCAACUGCUCUAGGCCCCCCCGACUAGAGCCAUCGUCAUGGACACGGGAGCACCACCACUGCCGAUACUUCCGUAGUUGGCCCAGCUGCUCCCCUGAGAGACACUACUCCAGGCCUCCCCGGCCAGAGUUUGCCACCUCCAUGGGACUGUUGGGAUUCCACUAUGUCCUAAGGUGGCCCAGCUUCUCAACAGAUCGUAGUCGCUCCAGGCCCCCCCGGCUGGAGCCUACGUCGUAUCUACCAGAGCGUCGGGAGCGCCUCCUGGCCCGGAGCCAGUGCCAAGCUGUGGGUUCUAUGCCUGCUCCUAGUAUGUAGCCACAGCCUGCAACUACUGGCAAGGUUAAGUGCAGGUCUAUCCACCCCGGCUCGCCAGCACCAUGCUAGUUCCAGCCUCGAGGGUCCCGCUACCUCCAGACCUACCAGACCCCUCGGACCCCCUCACCUCGGGACCCGCCACACAUCACCUCGGGACCCGCCACACAUCGCCUCGGGACCCGCCACACAUCACCUCGGGUGACCCACCAGAAGUCACCCCUGGUGUCCCCCCUGACCUAGAUUUCUAGUUCCCUUCCCUCCCGGUAGGGUCAGAGUCUGUCCCCCCCAGUAGGGUCAGAGUUCCCUUCCCCCACUCCCAGUAGGGUCAGAGUUCCCUUCCCCCACUCCCAGUAGGGUCAGAGUUCCCUUCCCCCACUCCCAGUAGGGUCAGAGUUCCCUUCCCCCACUCCCAGUAGGGUCAGAGUUCCCUUCCCCCACUCCCAGUAGGGUCAGAGUUCCCUUCCCCCACUCCCAGUAGGGUCAGAGUUCCCUUCCCCCCCGGGAGGGUCAGAGAUUGCGUUUCCUGCCUACCUGGCAGGUGUAAAGUGUUCAGGCUUAGAGCCCCCUGCCCUGCUAGGCCCUAAGUUUGCUGUCCCGUUUGCAGGUCUGUAGCCCUCUGCCUUCAUUGGUAUGCAGUUGCUUAGCCUGCCAGGUUUAGAGCCUCCUGCACUGCUAAGCCCCAAGUUCGCUGCACUAGGCUCACUGUCUCCAGACAGUCAGCCCUCGGUCCCUAGCACUAUGUAAUCAGUCCCCAGUUGUACUAGGUCUGUGUCUCCAGCACCAGUGUGCCCUCAGUACCUAACCCAGGUGGAUCAUCAGGCUCCUGCCCGGUUAGGCUCAGAGUUACCAGUUCCUCUAGCAGGCCCAGAACUCUACUGCUCUGCUAGCUAUCAGUCGUUCUCCCUGGCAGGUCCAGAGUGGGUGUCGGUGUGAGUCAGGUCCAGAGUAGGUGUCCCCUGUCAGGUCCAGAGUGGGUGUCCCCUGUCAGGUCCAGAGUGGGUGUCCCCUGUCAGGUCCAGGCUCCCAGCCUUCAGACGUUUUAGUUUCGAUGUCUCCAGCUCUAGUAGGCCUUCAGUCCACUGCUCCGCCUGGCUAUAGGUUCUUUGCCCCACUAGGUCUGCAGCUUCUGCCCUCAGUUAGUCUGCAGCCCCCAGCCUCAGUUGACAAGCAGUCAGCUCCCUCAGUGCUACAUGCCAAACCUCCUGCCCUAGUUCUAUGCCCUGGUUCACCUGUACCGCUAGGCUCUGAGUUAUCUGCUCCUCUAGGUGUGCAGUCCCUGCCCCUAUCCUGUUCUCAGCUCCCGGCCUCAGCUAGCGCCCAAUCGCCUAUACUAGCGCUAGGCUACAAGUUUCCUGCCAUACCUGGCUGGCAGUCCUCAGUCUCAGUUGUAGGUUCUAUGUCCCCUGCCCUGUCAGGUCCUGAGUUCCCUAUCCUGCUAGGCUCUCAGCCCCUUGACCGGGGGGCCCCACCGUUCCCUGACCUGGGGGGCCUUCUGUUUCCAAUUCUGGAGGGCUGACCACCUCCUGGACUAGAAGACCCUCCAGCCCUCGCACCUGAGCAACCACCAGACUUCAUCUCUGGGGCCCAGCCUGCCCCUGCCUCCGGAUCCCUGAUGAGCCUCGCCCAGGGGCCCCCACCUGCUCCACCAUGGGAGCCAUUGCUUUCAGCAGUGGUGAGGCAGUCACAAGCCGCAGCAGCCAGUGAGCUGCUAAUGACAGUUGUGGCCAGCAUGCCACAAUCCUCCACCACAGUAGGCAAGCCACCACCUCCAGCCUCCAGCAUCGUACUUAGCGCCAACAAAUGGGCUAGAGUUAGAGGGUCCUUAGCAACACCCGUGGUGUUGCAUGGGUCUGCCCAGAGCUGUCUCUGCGCCUCUGUGCACCUCCCUCCCCUGGCGGCUCCUAAGCCUCUUAUGUGUACCAGUGCCGGCAUGGUCCCCUAAAUUGAUACGCGAUAUCAGCUGCUCUUCUAGGUCGGCCAGAUAUACAGUAGGACUGGACCACAUCUUGUCGGGUCCCUUCACUGCUCUGCCCCUCUACCCUGCCUGUCCUGCAGGAUAGGACUAGGGCCCUUUCAGAACUAAGCCCCCAGCAGAGGCCUUUUAAGAUGUGUGGAUUUCCAAAGAAAUCCAGGUGCGGCUAUACAAAAGGCUGGCCCUCUCAAUCUGAUUGGCCUGCAGCCCUGUCAAUCACCCAUUCACACCUGUUCAUCCAACCAAUCAGGGCGCUUGGACGCACUCCAGGGCUCUGCUCUGCACACCUCAUGGUAGAGCUUGUCCACCUGCCGUCUCGAGAAUAAUAAGUAUUGUGUAAUGAUGGACUCCAACAUGCUGUUUUCCUAUCUUGAAGUGUUGUGCGUCCAUCGAACAUGUAUAGGUGUGUGCAAUGUCUGACCCAGGACGAGGCCUAUUUGUUAGGUUUUGAGUGUUUCAGAGUGAAGUUUGUUAUAGUUAGUUUGUAGCUAAUGCUAGCCUAUUGUUUUUCAUGCAUGUCUUUGUAUUGCCGCAUUAUAAGUAGCCUAUUGCAUUUCUACAUGUGUGUUGCUAUACCUUUGCAUUCAUUCAUGUUUAUAUUAUGCCACAAUUUUCUCUUGAUUAUUGUAUUGCAUGUACAUCUAUUUCUUAGUCUCUUAUAAGUGGAGCCUAAUGCUUGUAUUAUUCCUCCCUUUUUAGAACCACACAACAAUAUAAAGAACGUUAAUGGAAUCCGAUGUGUCUGUGUGCGUGUGGUGGUGACCAAGUGUUCAGUAUGGGCCUCAACAUGGUGUUCUAACCGGACAACACUGUAGUGAGCAGAACUUAAGCAAUCAGAAUAAGUUACUAGCUGGUGAGGGCAUUCACAGCCGACCGCUGAGACGAGCUCCAGCUAGCUGUUUUUACAUGGACCUAGGUCUCGCAGGAUUUGGCGACCAAUAGUUUUUUCAUGAAUUCAUUGAUUUGAAAUGGAACUGAUGUUAACUCUGGUACAUGGGGAGAGAUGGAUCAAAAAUCCCAAAUGAUUGUGGAAUGAUUUCCAAUGCAGGGUUUAAAGCAUGACUAGCUACCGUUUUAUCAACUUGAGUAUGCAGACAACCCUGUAAAGGUAUUGAUCAGUGAACUGUAUCCUGACCCUACUCUACAUGAUGGCACAAACGGCAGUCUCCAGGGAGAAUAUGCCUGUUUAGGUCCAAUGAAGAUCGUACCCUGAGCCCCACCCUUCACUAACUGAACUGUGGUGCGUUGGUAAAAUCACUGGGGAAGUCCGGUAAAGUCUGCGACGCAUAUUGCAUGUAACAGACAGUUACAUGACCUACAGCUUGGUUAAGCAAGUUAACGUUUCUGACAUUUCGCAAAGAAAACAGGAGCUGCCGCCACUAUUCCAGCACCAUUUCAACUUCAACAUUUCAUCAUCAUCAAAUCACAGUGACAACUAAAACUAAAAGAUACCAGAAACAAUUUAGUCUAACAUAAGCUAAAUAUGAUGUGGCUGUCCAUGGUUCUGAUUUCUGUUUGUGCGCACGCGUUCGUGCAAGUAGAAAAACAUGUUGAGUCACCCUACUUGUAGAGAAACGCCAAUGCCAUCCUCCUCUCUUUCAUGUUUACGAAACGGUCUAUCACUCUGUCAUACAGUACACGCUUUUAUUUUUUUGUUGUCCUAGGUUACCUAGCUAAAAUGCUUGCUCGCUAGCCUAACUUCCAUUCAUGGGCAAUGUUAGCUCGUUAACAUUAGCCUUCUACAUCUAGUUACUGUACAUAUUGAACUUCCAUCCUCUCAGGCCAGGGGCACAACAAUGUAUGAAUUAAUGUUUGGAUCAGAAUUGCCGUUAUAAUAAUUGGCCAGUACAGAGAAUUAAGUAAAACCACAAGUCCAAAUCCCUAUCUCCAUCCAUGGCUAAUUUAGGAAAGGGUCAAAUGUAGCUAGCUAGCUAGCCACCAGAGGACAACAACACAACCAGAUGGGACAAUUCAAGUUGUUUCUCUUAAUGAGGUAUGCUCUCAAAGCGAUUUGAUAGGAGAGACUCCAAAUCCAAGCUGGCUUCCCUUGACUUUUUUUUUCUUUUUUCUGCUAGGACCAUUUACAGUUGAGCUCGCUCUGUUUAGCUCAAUGCUGAUUGGCUAAUUAUUUAUACUUUUUUGUCAAGGGAGACCAAAUGCUCGCUGGCUUCCCUUGCAUUUAAUGCUACAGGCGGCAACAAUGUCAUACUCGUUUGGACCAGACAGUAUCAGAUAGAUGGCCUACACGUAGAGAGACAUAGGGACGCUGUUUCGCUCAUUCGGAUGCGUUCUCCUGUGAGAUACAUACAGCCUCUUGCAAAUUGAAGGAAGCCUGGCUUCCCUUCGCAUCCAUGAAUACACGCCACUGCACGCUACUCUGCGUCAUGACUGGGGUCUAACUGGACCCAGUGGAUGCCAGGCCGGUCAGGAUUUGUAGUGUGUGGGAUAAUAGAUAGAAACAUAGAUAAAACCGCACACUGAGCCAAAUGCUUUGACUCCUGACUCUUCUCUGAUGCCUCAGACUGCUGCUUGGCAGUCCCUAUACUGCUUGGAAAUGGCAGACGUGACCUGAACACUACAUGUACAGAAGUCUGUUGUGCUGUAAUGUACUGUUGGCUUAGGCCGUAGGUUGAAUAAGGGCACAAGCACUUCGAAACUGAACGCCCUUAAAAACAAACAUUCAUUGCAGAUUGAAUAUGUGAUUGUAGAUAUUGGUGUAAUUACCUCUGGCAGCCAUAAUCCCACAUUAAUCCUAGAUUCUGCGUCAUUUACAUUGCAAAACAAUAUCACGAUAUGAUGAGUGACUGAGCCUGUGGAGAUGCGUGACCUGUAAAGCCCGAUUCACAUGACUUGCGCAAGAAUGGCAUUGUGCUGAGCGAGCCAUUGCUUUUCAACGGAGGAGGCAUUGCGCUUCGCAAGAGGGUUGCGGCGAGCUAGGCCCUUUGGGGUCAGCGUUGUUGCACUCCGGUUUUAGGUAAAGUUACACCCCGCACUGUGCUGGAACCAAUGGAGAGCUUGGCGACUUGCACGAGUCAAGUGAAUGGGCCUUACUGUCUGUCCUUUAGGUGACCCUGAGGAAGGACCCAGACUGUGGAGACUUUGGCUUCAGUGUGUCAGACGGCCUCCUGGAGAAGGGUGCCUAUGUCAACAUGAUCCGACCAGAUGGUCCUGCCGACCAGGCUGGGUUGAAACCCUACGACCGCAUUCUGCAGGUACACAUCUUUGUUCAACUAACAUUAUUUUUUUUAAUACAGUAUCUACAUCUGUUUGUUAUGUUGACCUGACUGCUCCUGUCCCAGGUGAACCGAGCAAGGACCAGAGACUUUGACUGCUGCCUGACUGUCCCCCUCAUCACUGAAGCAGGAGACAGCUUGGACCUGGUUAUCAGCAGGAACCCCCUGGCACAGGCAGAUAAUGGGCCGCCUCAGGACUGCGAGGACCCCUCUGAUUCACUGUUCGACUUCCCAUAUUACAGGACCAACAGUAUCGCCCUG